AUGAGGGGCCUCGGCCGGGGCGACCGGCAAGCGACGCUCUUCCAGGUGUGGGGGACGCCGCCGCCUGCCGAGGAGGAGCCGCCCCCGGGGCCUCCCUCUGGGGUCGGCUUCGCGGGCGGCGCGGCGGGCGGCGUGUGGCUGUUCCCGGCGGGCGCCGGCGUGGAGGAGCGCGGCUACCAGGCCCGGGCGGCGCGGGCGGCGCUCUUCCAGAACACGCUGCUGUGCCUGCCCACCGGGCUGGGCAAGACCCUGGUGGCGGCCGUGGUGCUGGGCAACUUCUACCGCUGGUUCCCCGGAGGGAAGGCGCUCUUCCUGGCGCCCACCAAGCCCCUCGUCGCCCAGCAGAGGGACGCCUGCGCCGCCCUCAUGGCCAUCCCCGCCCGCCACAUGGCCGCCCUCACCGGUGAGACGGGGGGGGGACAGCGGGGGGGGGCGGGAAUUACUGCUACUAUUAUUAUAAAGAGGAGCCCAAGGAUGGCCCUCCUCACGGGUGCCAGGAAUUACUAUUAUUAUUAUUAUUACUGUUAUUAUUAUAAAGAGGCGGGGGGGGGAGCCCAAGGAGGGCCCUCCUCACGGGUGCCAGGAAUUACUAUUAUUAUUAUUACUGUUAUUAUUUAUUAUAAAGAGGGGGGGGGGGAGCCCAAGGAUGGCCCUCCUCAUGGGUCACAGUAAUUACUACUCUUAUUAUUGUUAUUACUAAUACUCCUGUUAUUAUUCUUAUAAAGCAGCUUUAUUAUUUAUUAUAAAGAGGCGGGGGGAACCCAAGAAUGGUCCUCCUCAUGGGUCACAGGAAUUACUAUUGUUGUUGUUGUUACUGUUAAUAAUAAUAAGCGGCUUUAUUAUUAUUUAUUAUCCAGAGGUGGGUGGGGGAUAUUGGCAAAACCUAUUGGUGUUUCACAACUUUCUGGCUAGUUGCAGGACCUUAGCCAGACCUAGCAGAGUAAACGCAGAAUCCACGGAAGCAAUUGGCGACUUGGCUGCAGACAGGAUGGACGAAGCAGGAACCAGGAACUUGUAGUUAGGUGUUUAUUAGAUACAGUGGACUAUUUACAGGGACAGAACAGAACACGGAUCUUUGACUAGCUCUCUCAUACAGGACUCUCAACUCCUGAACUCAAACUUGUACUCAUACUCGUACAAACAUAUUCCAGUUAGUAGGCCAUUAAUCAUUAUUCCCAUGAGAGAGCUUAACCAAUCAUGGAGCUGUCUCCAUGCCUCUGUAUCACCAGGCAGACUUUACUCCUUUACAUUGCCUUGGCUGUCGACCAAACCCUAAUUGACUCUGUGUGAGUAGCUGCAUGUAUUCAGAUUCCCAACAGGGGAGCCCAAGGAUGACCCUCCUCACAGAUCCCAGGAAUUACUAUCGUUGUUAUUAUUAUUAUUAUUAUUACUGUUGUUACUGUUAUUAAUUUAGUUAAACUCUGACCAAUUUAAUUACGCAAUAAUGUGGCAGUGGCCCAGAUAAUGUGAUAAUGUGUAGCCCCAGAAAUCCCAGAGUGCGCUUCUAAUAGAGAAGUUAUGGCAACCUGUUGCUUUAUGAAACUGAUGAUUUUGCAAGUUGACCCCCCCCCCGAAUUGGGGCAGAAAUACAGCUAAUAUGUGAAUCACAAAGAUUCAGCUGUAAGCUAGAACAUAAGUUGCUACAUGGCGCAAAUGGCUGCACGCAACACAGGUUCCCAACGUGCGUACUAACGCAAUGUAACAGAACACGGUGGGAAUCAGAACUUAAUCAGCAGAAUUUGCCAGUGCUUAUUGUGCAUGUGUGUUAAAGAUGAAAUGAGGUAAUGAUGUGUAUGAUUGGUGAAAAAUGAAAUACUUUGUUUGAAAUUUUAUAAAUACCACUUCCUGGACCACCGGGUAGGGUUGCGGUUUUGCAGAACGAUCUGACUGUAACCUAUUGCUUUGCAAUAAACAACGUUGGACCCUUAACUUCUCACAUUUCUGAGUUUUAUUGGAAUAAACUCAGGAGAUAAGCUAUUUUCUGGCUUACAACAAUAAUAGUAACAAUGAACAGUGGGGGUUAGGAGCCUAAUAAUAAUAAUAAUAAUUUAAAAAACAACAACAUUUAUUCUUCUGACGGGCUCACAGCAGUUUACGGAUAAAAUUAAGAACAGCUAAAAACUUGGGGAGGGGGAAGCAAACUUUUUUUCUUUUUAAAGGCAGUUAAACAUUCCUGUGGCACCCGUCUGUCUUUGGAGACAGUGGAGGAAUAAAAGCAAGUGGUUGGAGAGUUGCAGCACCUGUCAUGGCUUUAGAGGUUGAUACGGGAGAGACACGCUUGGGGCAGAGGAAGGCGUACAGUUGCGUUCCUGCAGAUGCACCAGGGCGUUUCUUCGCAGCACUCCUCCCAGCAGUCAUUCCUCCUCUGCUCACUGCUGUGGAUGCAGGAACUGGUGGUUUUCAGGCACCCCAGAGGUAGGCAAGGGAAUCUUGGCUAAAAAAAUAUAUCAAAGAAUUAUAGAGUUAGAAGGGAUUUCCCUUGGCCAGAUUUAGUUCUAGGGCAGUUCACAAUAAGCAUCUGGACCAAUGUCUUCUUUUCGCAUGUGAUAUGUGCCAUAUUUUGCCUUUUACUCCAAGAUGCUCUAACGUGGAAAACUGGUUUCUGGCUAGAAAUGUAAAGACUCCUGUGUUUGUUUAUUUUUGGACACUUUGUUUUAAGUGUAAGAAUGGAUUUGUUGGCAGCAAACACUGCUGAAGUGUGGCCUUUCUGUGAAUCGCCAGUGAAACCAUUGUGGGGUUUUAGGUGCCUUUCUAAAUGCUUGCUUAUGUUGUUUCAGGAGGUACCCAAGUGGCUGAUCGGAAAGAAAUCUGGCAAAAUAAGAGGGUUUUCUUUCUUACGCCUCAGAUAAUGGCAAAUGACCUUUCCCGUGGAGUGUGUCCUGCAGUGAAAAUUAAAUGUCUGGUUAUUGAUGAAGCCCACAGAGCUCUUGGAAAUCAUGCUUAUUGUCAGGUAGGGUGACAGUUUGCAACUUGAAACAUAAAUUUUUAACUAUAAAUUUAGAUCCGUGGUAAGGGGUUUGAUUAUGACUUUCUGAGGAUUUAUGUAUGUCACAUCCUUGCUUUAAAAGUGAUAUUAAAAAUGCCAUGAAGCAAGGGGUUCAAAAAAACAUUUUAGUUGCUGUUAAUUUUGUUAAAACUAACCAGGUCCCAGCCUUGUUGGUUCCUAACUGAAUAAGGUUUUGGAGACUCCAAGUAAUCCAUUCUGAACAAGUGGAAGAGUAGUGAGUAAAUGAAGUUUGUCUCCUGAAAGGUUGUUUUUAACUUGAAGUCUUUCAUAUGCUGUAUUAUGCAGAAAAAAACACUGUACUUUUGGGUUUUCUUAUUGCAAUAUUUACAAGAAGUUUAGCAGCAGAAGUAUCAGAUGGAUGCCUGUCUUGUGCCUCUAGAGGGCUCUGAGGUCCUGUGAUUUAACUGGGAAGCAAAAGCUAGCUGUCUCAAUCCCCACUUCACAGGUCACAGUAAACAAGUAGAGCUUUGCAAUCAACGUGGCUUUCUGUGCUGCUGGUCUCUUUCUCUUAGCAUAUAGAAGAAACCGACCAUGAACCCUGGAUUAGCGUUGCAUCCAAGCCAGGAGAUAUUGUUUGUUCUCCCCAACACCCCCCCCCCCCGGUAUGCCAGAAACAGUAAACCAAUGAAAAAUAAAUAAAAUGCUGCUCUAGUUGAGCUUUUGGUGUGAACUAGGAGGGCUUUCGCAUGUCAUUUGGGAGCCUGUCUGGUUGAAAUUUUAUUUCUUUCUUCAGGUUGUGAAAGAAUUAUGCAAAUAUACACGGCAGUUCCGUAUUUUGGCUCUAAGUGCCACUCCUGGCAGUGACACAAAGGUAAUUCAAGUUCUGUUAAUCCAAGGACCUGGGGAUGAAGGGGCUUGCUUUGGCAUCCUAUGUUGGUUUAAAAUGUGGCUCUUUUUAGGAGGGGGGAAUUAUUGGGUUGUUUUUAUUUUGAUUAUAUAUUUUGUGGUUUUUAUGUUGAUCUUUUCUGUGAACUGCCCUGAGAUAUCUGGGUAUAGGGCGGUGUUGUUGUUGUUGUUGUUUAGUCGUUUAGUCGUGUCCGACUCUUCGUGACCCCAUGGACCAGAGCACGCCAGGCACUUCUGUCUUCCACUGCCUCCCGCAGUUUGGUCAGACUCAUGUUUGUAGCUUCGAAGACACUAUCCAACCAUCUCGUCCUCUGUCGUCCCCUUCUCCUUCUGCCCUCCAUCUUUCCCAACAUCAGGGUCUUUUCCAGGGAGUCUUCUCUUCUCAGGAGGUGGCCAAAGUCUUGGAGCCUCAGCUUUAGGAUCUGUCCUUCCAGUGAGCACUCAGGGCUGAUUUCCUUCAGAAUGGAGAGGUUUGAUCUUCUUGCAGUCCAUGGGACUCUCAAGAGUCUCCUCCAGCAACAGAAUUCAAAAGCAUCAAUUCUUCGGCGAUUCUUCUUUAUGGUCCAGCUCUCACUUCCAUACAUCACUACUGGGAAAACCAUAGCUUUUACUGUACGGACCUUUGUUGGCAAGGUGAUGUCUCUACUUUUUAAGAUGCUGUCUAGGUUGGUCAUUGCUUUCCUCCCAAGAAGCAGGCGUCUCUUAAUUUCGUGGCUGCUGUCACCAUCUGCAGUGAUCAUGGAGCCCAAGAAAGUAAAAUCUCUCACUGCCUCCAUUUCCUCUCCCUCUAUUUGCCAGGAGGUGAUGGGACCAGUGGCCAUGAUCUUUUUUUUGAUGUUGAGCUUCAGACCAUAUUUUGCGCUCUCCUCUUUCACCCUCAAUAAAAGGUUCUUUAAUUCCACCUCACUUUCUGCCAUCAAGGUUGUGUCAUCUGCAUAUCUGAGGUUGUUGAUAUUUCUUCCAGCCAUCUUAAUUCCGGCUAGGGAUUCAUCCAGCCCAGCCUUUCGCAUGAUGAAUUCUGCAUAUAAGUUAAAUAACCAGGGAGACAAUAUACAGCCUUGUCGUACUCCUUUCCCAAUUUUGAACCAAUCAGUUGUUCCAUAUCCAGUUCUAACUGUAGCUUCUUGUCCCACAUAGAGAUUUCUCAGGAGACAGAUGAGGUGAUCAGGCACUCCCAUUUCUUUAAGAACUUGCCAUAGUUUGCUGUGGUCGACGCAGUCAAAGGCUUUUGCAUAGUCAAUGAAGCAGAAGUAGAUGUCUUUCUGGAACUCUCUAGCUUUCUCCAUAAUCCAGCGCAUGUUUGCAAUUUGGUCUCUGGUUCCUCUGCCUCUUCUAAAUCCAGCUUGCACUUCUGGGAGUUCUCGGUCCACAUACUGCUUGAGCCUUCCUUGUAGAAUUUUAAGCAUAACCUUGCUAGCGUGUGAAAUGAGUGCAAUUGUGCGGUAGUUGGAGCAUUCUUUAGCACUGCCCUUCUUUGGGAUUGGGAUGUAGACUGAUCUCCAAUCCUCUGGCCACUGCUGAGUUUUCCAAACUUGGUGACAUAUUGAGUGUAGCACCUUAACAGCAUCAUCUUUUAAAAUUUUAAAUAGUUCAGCUGGAAUACCAUCACUUCCACUGGCCUUGUUAUUUGCAGUGCUUUCUAAGGCCCAUUUGACUUCACUCUCCAGGAUGUCUGGCUCAAGGUCAGCAACCCCACUACCUGGGGUGUACGAGACAUCCAUAUCUUUCUGGUAUAAUUCCUCUGUGUAUUCUUGCCACCUCUUCUUGAUGUCUUCUGCUUCUGUUAGGUCCUUACCACUUUUGUCCUUUAUUAUGGCAAUCUUUGAACGAAAUGUUCCUUUCAUAUCUCCAAUUUUCUUGAACAGAUCUCUGGUUCUUCCCAUUCUGUUGUUUUCCUCUAUUUCUUUGCAUUGCUUGUUUAAGAAGGCCUUCUUAUCUCUCCUUGCUAUUUUUUGGAAAUCUGCAUUCAGUUUCCUGUAUCUUUCUCUAUCUCCCUCGCAUUUUGCUUGCCUUCUCUCCCCCGCUAUUUGUAAGGCCUCAUUGGACAGCCACUUUGCUUUCUUGCAUUUCCUUUUCAUUGGGAUGGUUUUCGUUGCUGCCUCCUGUAUAAUGUUGCGAGCCUCCAUCCAUAGUUCUUCAGGCACUCUGUCUAGCAAAUCUAAAUCCUUAAACCUGUUCCUCACUUCCACUGUGUAUUCAUAAGGGAUUUGAUUUAGAUUGUAUCUUACCGGCCCAGUAGUUUUUCCUACUUUCUUCAGUUUAAGCUUGAAUUUUGCUAUAAGAAGCUGAUGAUCUGAGCCACAGUCAGCUCCAGGUCUUGUUUUUGCUGACUGUAUUGAGCUUCUCCAUCUUUGGCUGCAGAGAAUAUAAUCAAUCUGAUUUUGAUGCUGCCCAUCUGGUGAUGUCCAUGUGUAGAGUCGUCUCUUGUGUUGUUGGAAAAGUGUGUUUGUGAUGACCAGCUUGUUCUCUUGACAGAACUCUAUUAGCCUUUGCCCUGCUUCAUUUUGCUCUCCAAGGCCAAACUUGCCAGUUGUUCCUUUUAUCACUUGAUUCCCUACUUUAGCAUUCCAAUCCCCUAUAAUGAGAAGAACAUCCUUCUUUGGUGUCACUUCUAUAAGGUGUUGUAAGUCUUCAUAGAAUUGGUCAAUUUCAGUUUCUUCAGCACCAGUAGUUGGUGCAUAAACUUGGAUUACUGUUCUGUUAAAAGGUCUGCCUUGGAUUCGUAUCGAGAUCAUUCUAUCAUUUAUGAGAUUGCAUCCCAGUACUGCUUUCGCCACUCUUUUGUUGACUAUGAGGGCCACUCCAUUUCUUUUGCGGGUUUCUUGCCCACAGUAGUAGAUAUGAUGGUCAUCCAAACUGAAUUCGCCCAUUCCCGUCCAUUUUAGUUCACUGAUGCCCAGGAUGUCAAUAUUUAUUCUUGCCAUCUCAUUUUUGACCACAUCCAACUUACCCAGGUUCAUGGUUCUUACAUUCCAGGUUCCUAUGCAAUAUUUUUCUUUACAGCAUUGGACUUUCCUUUCGCUUCCAGGCAUUUCCGCAACUGAACGUCCUUUCGGCUCUAGCCCAGCCGCUUCAUCAGCUCUGGAUCUACUUGUACUUGUCCUCCGCUCUUCCCCAGUAGCAUGUUGGACGCCUUCCGACCUGAGGGGCUCAUCUUCCAGCGUCAUAACUUUUAUAUACCUGUUGCCUUUGUCCAUGGAGUUUUCUUGGCAGGGAUACUGGAGUGGCUUGCCGGUUCCUCCUCCAGGUGGAUCACGUUUGGUCAAAACUCUCCACUAUGAUCUGUUCAUCUUGGGUGCCCUGCUCGGCAUAGUUCAUAGCUUCUUUGAGUUCUUCAAGCCCCUUCGCCACGGCAAGGCAGUGAUCCAUGAAGGGGAUAGGGCGGUAUAUAAAAUCAAUCAAUAAAUAAAUCUCGCUGAAGCCCCCAGUCAGCUGGUGUUCCACUUGCACCAUCCGUGGCACCUCUGAAUGCCAGCUGCUGGGAAUUGUGAGGUGGGAGAGGGCUUCUGUCCUGCUCAAGGCCUUUGGGACAACUGGUUGGCGGGUGUGAGAAGAGAAUGCUGGACGUGUGUCCUUGUGAUAAUACUAUUAAUCUAACCUAGGAAUGUUAGAUGAUAUAGUGCAGGCCUGUCCAACAACUCAACAACUUUGGUCCUUCUUUCCAAAAAAAUCUCAGCUCUGGUCAUUCCAAUGGGUAGAUCACUGCCAGUUUAUUUAUAGUGGGAGCAGAUCUCAGUCUCUCGGAAGUUGUACACCCCUGAUACAGUGUAAUAUAUAAUAAUAUAUAGUAUCUACAUUAAACUACAUUGCUACCUCCGGUUGCGAAUGGGAUCUGUUCCGGAGGUCCGUCUGGAUCCCGAGGUUUUCACAACCUGAGGAUCACUGUUACACGCAUGCGCGCGGUGGUAGACCACUUCUGCGCAUGCGUGCGUGGGGGGGGGGGCACUCCCGGGUUUGCCGCUUUUGCAACCUGAAGUUUACGUUACCCGAGGGCAAGGUAACCCAGGCGCUACUGUAUGCCCGAUUUUUACUGUGCUAACAUGAUGCUAAGUAAAAUACAGCCAGAUGGUAUUUUUUUUACGAUUUCUUUGCAGGCUGUGCAACAAGUUAUUUCCAACCUGCUGAUUUCACACAUAGAACUAUGUACUGAAGAUUCUCCUGAUAUCCAGCCUUACACUCACCAGCGGCAGGUUGAAAAAUGUGUUGUUCCACUUGGGAAGGAGCUGGCUGAAGUUCGUAAUGCUUACAUCAAGGUGAGUCAGAAACUUCGUAUUGAGUGGGUAAGAAUGGCAGCAGGCAGGACUUCAGAAAUGGUGGUGAAACAUUUGUUGAAAGCAGCUUGUUUUUGUUCUUCUAAAGAGGUCUCUUCGUUCUGUGAAACAGAAGGUCAGCUUCGCUUUUGUAACUGGAUUUGUUUUUGGAUUUGUUUUCCAAGUGCUGCUUUAAUCUUUCAAAAAUGUCACUGGUACCUGAUCAUGACGGUUGGUUUUAGUCUCUCACUAAAUGGCAUCUGAGUGGACGCUUCUAGUGUUGGCUUCCUUGUAAGAAUGCAGUGAAGAAGCCUUAGGAAACUGUCAUCCUAUUUUCCUUAAGUGGGUCCUGUCCCUAGGAGAAAGUGGCCUUUGGAGCUCCAAUCUGACCAGUGUAUAUUACAUAGCCAACUGGGGUUGGGAUCUUCUGCUGGCAGGGAUUAUGGGCAUUGUCCUGGUUUUUCUUGGGUGGUGAAAGAAUGCAAGUGGUAUUGUUGCUUUUUGUGUCUCAGUCUCAGAUGAGCCUGUCUUGAAAUGAAGCCAUCAUUGCUGAAAAGCCACACAAAACAUAAAAGUGCAUUGAGCAAGUAAUAGUGUGAUGCAGAGGUAUUUCAGGCCACCUUUACUGUCUUCUACAGAGCUUUUGUUUGAUUUCUGUGUGCGUUUUAGCGGAGUCUACCUUGAGGCUCUGUGUCUGUGUAGGGUUAAAGACAGGUGUGCAGUGACAGAUGGGAGAACAGCUGCAAAAAGAGCAGUUCCUUUCAGAGAACUUGUAGAGGCCAGUUGUUCAAUUUUUUUUUGUACUUGUGGGUGCUAAAUGGAAUUGGUAUGAUACAUCCCCAGGUUGGUAGUUUACAAGCACAUAGUGGCAGCUGCUCUGUAAGCCUGGGGCAUGUGGGCUAUUGAAAAUAGUUUCUGAGGAUCGCUCCAUAACCCGAGCUCCUUAAUAAUAGAAUUGUAGAGUCGGAAGGGACCCUGAGGGUCAUCUAGUCCAACCCCCUGCAAUGCAGGAAACUUUUGCAAUGCUCCCACCUGACUGGGGAGGCGGGCCAGGUGACCCUAGACAACUAUAUUGCCAAGUUCUAUGCCCAUUUCCUAUCUAAUAUGACUUGCUGAAAUUAAAGUCUCCGUUCCAUAUUAUCCAGGUUGUACAAUGCGUUCCUCUUCCAAUACAAGUAAUUUUACUGAUUAUUUUUAUAAAAUUCUGUCUGUGGUGUUGAAAUAGAGGAAGGUAUCCAGUACAAGUGGGGAAACUGAGAGCAACAAAAGUUCACCUGGACGCUUUGCUAACUUUUUUUAGAAAAAGAUGCCGGUGACUUAACUAAUAUAUCAAAAUUGCUUUUAGGUUGCAAUCAAAUGGUGUGUAAAUUUAUGAAAUAAAUAAUAAACUCGGGAUAACACAGAGCAAUAAAGUUUUUAUUCAUGGCAACUUCCAACAGUAAACAAUAUAUGACGUAUAUCUUUCACAGGUAAAUUAGCAAUUAGGAUUCCAGCUUUAUUAUUUCUAGACUUGAAUUAGUUUUUUUUUUAAUACGACUUACAAAAGAUUUCAUUUUGUAUCCUAGUUGGCUAAGUGGAUAAUUUCAAAAUGAGUAAAAACAUGGUAUUUUCAGAAUGUGAAAUUUCCUUCUGAUAAUCCUUCAAAUUAAAUAUCAGUCAAUCAUUUUAUUUGCUUGUGGGCUAGCAAAGUUUAAACUGUGCUGAAGGUGGCUUACAACAUAUAAAAAAUACAUAGCUAAAAACAUAACAAAAGUAGUCAUAAACAAUAAACAAAACAUCAAAAAGUACACAACCAAACUGAACAAUUGCCACACAAACUGUAUGAACCAAAAUAAAGAUACAAAAAAUUAACAGCAACACCCCACCUCCAACAAAACCCUCUAGAGUCUGUUCAGCAGCCUCAGCUUUUGUAGCUGGAGUCAGUCCGGGCCUCGCCCUACCAGGGCAGGUGGAAAAAGGCCUGCAGGGCAGGGAACAAGUCUUCCAGGACUCACAGCCAAGAUACCAACAAUGUAUACAGUCAUACCUCAUGUUAUGUUUGCUUCAGGUUGCACGUUUUCAGUCAGCCUCCCGCUGCGACCUGGAAGUACCAGAAAGGGUUACUUCCAGGUUUCGCCGCUCGCUCAUGUGCAGACGUGCAAAAUGACGUUAUGAGCAGAAGCGGCGAAUCGCGACCCGCGCAGACGCGGGUUGCGUUCUUUUCAGGUUGCGAACAGGCCUCCAGAACGGAUCCCGUUCGCAACCAGAGGUACCACUAUACAAUAAAACCCUACUUCUGUUGAUAAAGGAGGUAGCAAUUUCUGUUCACCUAUAUUAGAUAUUCAGAAGAAAAUAGUCAAUAGCAUUGUAUCUAUAAAAAUAAACUUGUGUAAUAAUGAGGAAUAAUUACUGUUAGCAUCUGCUAGGGUAUUAUUUGCUUACAGACAAUGCAGUUCAUUUUGGUGGAGCUACCUCUGUAGCCUCUCUCAAAUGAAUGGCGACUGUGUAGCAUCAGAUAAAAUGUUCAGAAAUUGUGCAGUUUUACCUACAACUUCAACUUCCAUUGAGUUAGUGAAGCACUUUUGCAUGUCAGAAUAAAUACUGGGAAGAAUCACAGGAGUGUAGAGUUGGGAGGGAUGCCAAGGGAACAGAACACUUUAUUUCUCUUAAUACAGAAUAUCUCCUGUGUCUUAAUUUUGGUGAAAGUGCUUGAAAUUGUAGUGACUAUACAUAACUGAAGCAACAACUAGGAAAAACCCUUCAAAACUGGCAACAGACACUCCAAGUUUGCCUUCUUAAUUGCUGAGGAAGGAAGCUGGUUUGUCUGUCAGGCUAUGCUGGUGGAAUGUGAUAUUCGUGUUUUCUUAGGAAAUAGGCUUUAUAAAGUUAAUGGCUACAUAUCAUUCUUGAUCAUUCCAGCUAGCUGACUAGAGUUCACUUGCGUGUUUCAUGGGUGAUCCGUCAAUGGAGCUUGGCUGUCUUGUAGCUCAAAAAAUAGCCAGCUAUGGUCUUUCAAGAAACCAUAUUUCGUUCUGUCGAUUUGUAGCAGCUGGAUUUGUGUAUCCUGCAACUAUGAAGGUAUCUUGCAAACACAGCUCAGGACUCUCCAGAAGUUCGGCCAGCAUAUUAAUUUCUCUUGCAAUGGACGUUUCGUUGGUGACUCCUCUGAAGGCCCUGUGAACAAGCCAUUUUAAAAUAAUAUUUUAUUCGUUUUAGACUUACAGCAAUCCCUUGAUUGUAGAUUGAAAGUGGGACCAUGACAUCAACAAGAUCCCUGAAGUCACAAACGCUAGAAACUACCCAUUUCUCUGUUUAUAUUAUAUAUGUGCGUGCACACACACAUAGUGGGCUGGGGAGAGUGUUGAGAUUGUUAGAGGCUGAAUUCUGCAUGCCAUGUAUCAUUCUCAGUGCUUGUUGAUUUUUGUGUUUGUUUCCACACAACUAUUUGAUACAGAUAUUCUACACUUAUAGUCUGGUGUCCUUCCUCCCAUGGGAACCCAGAAUAGCAAACAUUUCAGUAAUGAAAAUAGAAUUUUAAAUAAAUUUAGGGUGAGUAGAAGGCAGCUCGCAUAACCAAUCUUCCCCUCCCCUCCUGCCCUCUCCCAUAAAAAGCUCCUCCAAAGGGUCUGGGCAGCCAGCUUUGACCCUCUGGAGAGGCUUUUGAGUGGGGCUGGGGAGGGUAGCAAGGGGCUGCAGGGUAGAAGAGGGAGAAAGAAUUAGUUGAGUGAGUGAUUUCCAGACUGAUAUUUUAGUUGGUGUGUGUGUUGGUAGUUAUAGUUAAGCUGCUUUAGAAGCCCAAAACCAGGAUACAAAUGUGCUUAAACAAACAUAGCCUGCUUUUUCAUCAACUUAAAGAAAUAUCCAGAAGGCACUGUGUAGCUGGAGCCAAGAUACCUGACAAGGUCUUAACACUUGCUUGGUUUUGUCUCAGACUGCUCCUUGCUUAAUUAAAAUUAGUUACCUAUAAUCGCACAUUUGCCUGGUUUGUCACACUAAGCCAAACUAGGCUUACUGAGAGUGUGAGAGUUCCCAGAGGUGAGGUCAAAAGGGGCUUAGCUCCUUUCCAGGUGCGAGAAAAAACUGUGGUUACAGCUCAUGGUUAGUGAAGAGAGUUUCACCAUGUGACCAGUUCAGACAACAUGCAAAGCCUUGGUUUGGCAUGACAUGCAAACCUUCAUGAUCAUUUUAUUUCUAACAGCAAUAACCUCCCACCCCAGCGACCCCUAAACAACACUCCAGCUCAAGAUUCUGUUCAGCAGCCUCAGCUUUUGCUGCAGUUGGAGUCAGUCCGGGCCCUGCCCUCUCAGGCCAGGUGGAAAAAGACCAGCAAGGCAGGGAGCAGCUGUUGCAGGACUCACAGCCAAGGUUAAGUAGCACAAAGGAACCGUAUCACUUUGUAUAUUUCAAGCUGCAGUUAGGUUUGUAGGACAGUGUGAGCAUGAAGGCUUUGCUCAGUCUAAUUCCAGCUUGUGUCUUAAACUGUAAGUACUGUAACUACAUGCAAACCAGCUCAGUACAUUCUUUGCCUAAUAAACCAUGAAUUUAUUCAGCCAAGAUCGUUAAAUCUGAACUGGACUUCACAACUGUAAUGACAGAACUCUAAGCAAAAGUAAACAUGAAACGCUGAGUAUUUGGAUGAAAGGAUUUUGGUUUUGAAUUGUUCAGUGUUUGGAAUGAAUCCGUGGAAAAGAAUGUGUCAUGAUGAUGAGAUUUUCAGCUAAUCAACCCUGGCACUUAGAUAGGCAACUUUUGAUUCUUACCUGGCAUAAAUAACGGUUGGAGGCCACUCUUCAAUGACAACAUCCGGAUCAUUGGGUGCAGGUGGCUGUUCUUGCAGCCCACUGGGGAGGUAAUAUGCUACAGUCACAAAUCUCGUGAUGCCUGGAGUGCUCUCACUGGUGCGAACUAUGGUUGCAAUGGGAACAGUCAUCCCCAAGUAUAGGCCUGAGGAAAGCAUAGCGUCAUUAGUAAUUUCCUGACAUUACCUGUCAGCUAGUUGUGAAGUUAAAUCACAUAUGCGGAAUCAAAUUUUGCAGCCUUGGGAAAUUUUGCAUUUGGGAAUUCUCCUUGCAGGAUCAAAUGGCGCAUUUAUAAGUAAUGUGGUGCAGUCAGAACAAAAGAUAGUGUAGUAUGUGUGUCUGACAGUUGAUUAUUUACCUGAUGAAUUCUGCUGACAAAUGUAUCUCAUAAUCUUCAUGAAUCCUAGGCAUAUGCUCUGUUCAUACUGCUUUUCUUGCACUUUGACGCAAGCCCAUUUCGCCUUUUCAUAGUGGCGUUUUUCAUAAAGAAGAUUCCCAAGCUGUAAAUUUUCAAAAUUGCUGUUAUUAUUAUAAUUUAUUACCCACAUACCACCACCCUAAGGUGAGUUAAAGUGUUAAAGGAAGACUAAGGCACACAGGUGGUGGGCCUUCAGGAAAGCUUUUACUUCUACCAGUAUUUAACAUCCACCACUGUUGUAGACUGUGAGUUUGGCUCUGAAAGGGGUAAACGCGUUCAGAAAUAAUCAAUAUUUGUGAUAGCUGGUUAGGGUAAUUCAUAACACAGAAUUUGUUCAUAUAUACACAGUCUACCUGCCCUCUUGGUCUUUCAGAAUGCAGCUAGGCUGAGAAGAACUCAUCCAACCCAAGGGUUACCAGACUACAGCUAAGGCUAGGGUACCUUUCUCCAUGAGGCUAGGGUACCAAUGGGGAAUAUUAGCUAUAGCUGACCAUUAUUUCAUGCCUUUGAGACCACUUGUGCAUCCAUUGACAAUGAUGACUUGUGCGCACCCCUAAACUGAGCAUGCAGUCCCUCUGGGAGGGUACAACCCCCUUCCAGAACCCCAUCUCACCAAUAGCACCUCUGUCAUGCUGGGAUUUAGCUUAAAUUUUAAACAUAUGAAUUAUUUAAAGUUGCAUUUCUAUAUUUAAUCACCUAAAGUAAGAAAAAGUGCAUUUUUCUCUCUGCAGUAGGGUUAGAACAUGUUAGGUAGGGAACAUUUUUUUUUAAAAAGCACAAUUAAAAUUGGGAAGGAACAAAGAGAGCUUUUAAAAACUAGUUUUCAGACCACUUUCCAUUCACUAAAUUUGACUGCUUGUUAGAUAAACAAAAGUAGAAACCAUGCCUGUUUCUCUUCCCACUCUUGCUAUAAUGCACGAAGGUGUAUUUUAAUGAAGAGAUGAUACCUGUUCUUUACGGGCUAUCACAACAAAUGGAACACUUUCUCUCUCCUGAGGAUGGUUAUUUCUGGUCAGCUGUUGGAUUGGCUCUGCCAUAUCUGUAAGAACGUGAUUAAAUUGUUGUUUAUAGAAGUAAAUAUGCCUGAUUCACAUAUGAAAAUUCUUAUGUGGGUGAGAACACAGGUAGUAAGACUAGAACAGUUUGGAAAAGGCUUAUUUCCAAGAUACACUAAUAUUUAUUGGACUUAAGAACAACCAGCUAGUUUUGUUUUGAUGCCAAAGUAAAAUUAAUUGCAAUAUUUGCAUAACUUUUUUUGACUGGUCUAUGUGACUUUUAGUUCAGUGUACAGUGGUACCUCGCAAAACGAAUGCCUCGCAAGACAAAAAACUCGCUAGACGAAAGGUUUUUUGUUUUUUGAGCUGCUUCGCAAGACGGUUUUCCCUAUGGGCUUGCUUUGCAAGACGGAAACGUCUUGCAAGUUUGUUUCCUUUUUCUUAACACCGUUAAUACAGUUGCGACUUGACUUCGAGGAGCAACUCAUAGAACGCGGUGUGGUAGCCUUUUUUGAGGUUUUUAAAGACUUUGGUGAUUUUUGAAGCUUUUCCAAAACUUUCCCGACACCGUGCAAGACGAAAAAAAUCGCAAGACGACAAAACUCGCGGAACGAAUUAAUUUCGUCUUGCGAGGCACCACUGUAAUGCAUUAGCACAGCAAAUAUGUACAAGACAUAGACAUUACAGACUGGUAUGGAUGACAUCUCUGCACAGGACCUUAGUUGUAAGAUUGCUCCAUUAACUAACCUUUAAUUACUAUAACCAAUUGUGUUGCUAACCAAGCCAACGUCAAACCACUUUUCUGUCUCCAUUGGGGAGAAGCAGUGGUUGGUGCCAUGCUUGGUUCAUAUGGCUCUGAUUUUUGCUGUGCCAUCGAAUGCUUAAGAGUGGGCUGUGUUACAACCAUAACUGAAGCAGUUUGUUGUCACCUUGUGACCUUUCAUUGGUGUUUUAAUAAUUGGGCAUGGCUUGGAGGGAGACUUCUCAGACACACACACACACCCCCCCAUCAGAGGGCUACUGAUCGUCCAUUAAAGCUUUCAUUGUAGGACGACACUUAAGUCAUAGGUGUGUUGAGUUAUGAUAGAAUAUAUUCAUCUCUUGAGGCCAAGUGGCUGGACAGUCUUUGCCUUGUGGAAGGUAGUAAACACCUCCCACCCCAAAGUAACUUUGAUGCUUAUGUCCACUUGCAGUGUGGUAAGCAGGAUUUUGCCAUUAUGUGCUAGAGCAUUGGUCUGUUAUUUCCCUGUAUAUAAUAGUUCUAGUUUCUCUUCACCGGUACUUUCUGUGAUCUUAAGUUGUGAUGAGCAGAGUAUCCUGCUCCAUUGCCAUAAUUUGAUGCGCUUCCGCCACCCCAGACUCCCCUCAGAGCUACUAAUACACCUUUCUGGGUUUCCUUGCGGAGCAUUUUUGAAACCUUUGGCCAGCUUCAGCCCUCACUGUAGUUCUGUGAUGUCAAACCAAUAAUAGCAUUAAGUGUCAGCCGGGGUGUGUGUACUUAGAUGGUUUUCAAAAAGGAUUAAACAAUUAGUGGGAGAUGUAUCUGUCAGUGGAUAUUAAUCGUAAUAGCCAAGGAUGGAGCAUCCAAUUUCAGCAGCACCAAAGAUCACAUUUGUAGGUGCUGGGGGCAAUGAUCAUCUCUGGGGAGGGGCUUAGAGCAUCUGUUUUGUGUGCAGAAAGUUCAAUCCCAGGCGGCUUCUCCAGCUGAAAGGAUCAGGUGGAAGGAGAUGUGGAAGACCUUUCUUUCCCCUAAGACCAUGGAGAGCUGCAGCCACAGCAGAUCGUAUUAGCUUGGGCAAAUAGUAUGAGGUGUUCCUCCUACAGAGCUGGGCAGGGCAUCACCCGUUGUAGGCAGAUUACUGGGCUAAACUGGGUGGUUCUCUUACACAGCAAGGCAAUUCCUACUGCAGACUUGCAGGGUAACAUUGGCCAGUGCACAGUCCUACACUUUGGCACACCAUCUCUCCUCACCCUUCCAUCAAAUGAACUCUCUGGAAACUCCGUGGUGGGAGGAACUAAUUUCAUGGCUUGGAAACACGCUGAGUGACAAACAUAAAUGAGCAGGUGGCAAAAGGUGCCCAUCCUGUUGUAAUCGCAAGAAGAGCCUGCUGAAUUAGGCGGAUGGCCCAUCUAGUCCAGCAUUUCACAGUGGCCAAACAGAGGCCUGUGGGGAACCCACAAGCUGGAUUUGAGCACAUGAGCCCCACUCUCCCCUCCUGUGGCCUCCGCCAGCUGCCAUUCAGAACUGCUGCUAGUAGCCAGGGUAGCCCUCUCCUCUUCCAUGAAUUUGUCUAAUCCUCAUUUCAUUCCAUCCAAGUUGGUGGCCCUCCCUGUGUCCUAUGGGAGGGAGUUCCACGCUGUAACUCUGUGUGCUCUUUUAUCGGAACUGAAUCUUCCUACAUUCAGCUUCAUUGGAUGCCCACGAAUUCUAUUGUACGGAGAGAGGGAGAAAAACUUUCCUCUCUGUCCACGCUCUCCUUGCCUAGUUUUGUAGGCUUCUCUCACUUGCCUUUUCUCUAAACUAACCCCCCCCCCCCAUGCUGCCGCUUUUCCUCAGGACACCGGCUCCAUCCCCUUCCUUAGAUUCCCUCUACCAAAGCUGAAAGCAGCCUUAACUUCCUCCUGAUGGUGAAUGGGAAACAGCUGGCGAAGACGGCGGCCUGCCAGGGAAGGGAUCCCUUCCUGACGCUCCUGCUCCCCGGAGCCCGUUCCUUGCAAGCGCCGUUGGAAACGCGGAGCAGGCGCUUGCCGGCGAGCAGCUCCCCCCGCUUUCCAAGCUAAUCCUUUUCAAACCGAAAGCCCCUGAAACCGCUGGCGAGAGGCUUCGCCGGAGCGCGAGGGAAGUCCGCGCCUUUUGCGCCAAGGCGGGAGCGCGCUGCCCGGUCCCGGAGCCCGGCUGGCUCCCCCUGGCUUACCCCUGGGCACGUCCACGCGGUGCCCGCGGCCCACGCUCUGCCAGUAGCUCAGCAGGCGCUCCUGCUCCUGCUCGUCGCCGGCGUUGUCCUCCAGGCUGCUGCCGUACGCCGAGUCCGGGCAGCCGGCCGCCCCCGGCGCCGCCGCCUCCUCCGCCUCGUCCCCGCCGGCCGCCCCGGCGCUCUCCAGCUCCUCCAGCGUGAUGGCGCCCGGGGGGGCCGGGUCGCCGCCGCCGCUCAGGCGGCAAGUGCGCGCUUCGCUCUCCAUGGCCGGCUGGAUCGCGCGGAGGCGGCGCUUGCUUUCUUAAGCUGCCCUGCCCAGCGGAGGGGAGGGGGCCUGUCCGCCCGGGCAGCCGCGGCGACACCGCCCUCCAGGCACGUCGGACUCGGGAGGAGCCUGCAGGUGCCCGGCCAGGGCGCGAGCCUGUGGCCCCCAGCCCCGCUCCCUAGGGAAUCCGGGGAUCGGCACUCCCUUCCCCGGUGCCAAGGGGCUCCCAGCAAGCCCCCCACUCCACCCCCAGGAAUGAAAGGGUGGUCUCCUGCCUCCGCCGCCGCCACCACCAGCCUACCUCGCAAGGUCCUUGUGGUGAUGGGAUGGAAUGGAGAAGGGGAAGAAGUGCGUGCACCGCCUCGGAGGAAAAUGCCAUAAAUGAAGCACCCCCUUCCCAUGUGCAUUGCAGUCGGCUGCUUCUGGGCAGAUCGGGGCUUGGACUGCGAGCCUUUGUUCUUGGCUGUCCCGUGAAAGGGAGAGAGGCAGCAGGGACAGCCGUCCAGGGCUCUGCCCGGCCCCUGGGCUUCGGCCAACAGACCCAAGUAUGGCACCUUGAGCUCCUUGGAGGAAAAAGCGAGAUAUAAAUGAAAUAAAUAUAAAUAAAUUAUAAAGGCAAUGAAAGGAAGCAGGGGUGUGUGUGCUCAGAGUACUUCUUAUUCCCCAUUUUCUGCUGGCUACCUUGCUUUCUGCUUUGCUUUGCUUCUCCCUAGGUGGAGUAGAGGACAUUCCUUUGACAGAAGGAAGCUCCUCCGUUAUUUUUGAAAACCUCCCUUUGUUUGUGGGGUCAUAGGAGGCAGUGGACUGACUGGCGUGAGCCUCUUGCCCUGGCCCUGUCCAUGCACCCUAUCCAGGAUUAAAGACGGGGGUUAGUGAUGGUCCUUCGCAAAGUUGCCCUUUAAAUGCAAAUAAUUUGAGGCAGAGUGGUGUAGUGAUUAGAGUGGUUAGGCCUAGGAGAUUAGGGUUCACAUCCCCACUCAGCCAAGAUAUGCAUUUUUCUAGGGAAGUGGAUUUGACAGUUCCUUCAUUUCCCUCCAAAGCAGAGAUGCCUCUUUCUAAUGUUCUUCUUGUUGUUAGAAUUUAUAUACCGCCCUAUACCCAGAGGUCUCAGGGCGAUUAUAUACCGCCCUGUACCCAGAGGUCUCAGGGCGAACAGAAUAUUGGGUUUCUGAGUGUGAUGCUUUAUAGGAAAGUGGUACUUAGCAGCUCUUCCCUCUUUGUUCCCCUCUGCACAAACUGGAAAGAGAAAGCCAGGCAAGUUGGAGGGAGCAGAAACAAAAAUAGUCCAUGUUGCCAUAUCAGACUGACAAGUAGAUCCUCAGUCUGUUUUGCAAUGUGUCAACAUGUGUGUGCUGCUCUGAAAUUGACAUGGCAUCCUGCCAUCUUGACUCAUCAACAUAGUGGAGGAGGCUGCUGGCAUUUGGAGGCUGCCAAGCUGAACUUGAUCACACAGGGAGCUGACUCAGUUAUCUGCACUGUGCAACUGGACUUCUUCUCAGCCUCAGCUUCCAGGGAGGGAAAAAAGGAGGAUGCUUCACAGUUUGAAGGUGUAAAAGGAUGUAACCAGUGUUGACUUGCCCUGUUUUUCCUUGUGUGGCUGCCAUGGAAGAAAGGACAUCCUUUAGCCUGAGGGCACCAUCAUUCAUCUGUUACCGUGACUGCAAGUUGGAGUCAUACUCAUAAUUCCCCCAGUUCUGCGUGUUCAACCUUUUCAGUCAAAAACCAUCAACUGGUUGGUUGUAAAUGAACAAAUAUAUUCAUAGCUGGUACAGUGGUAGCUCAGGUUACAGACGUUUCAGGUUACAGACUCCACUAGCCCAGAAAUAGUACCUUGGGUUAAGAACUUUACCUCAGGAUGAGAACAGAAAUCGUGCACCAGUGGUGUGGCGGCAGCAGGAGGCCCCAUUAGCCAAAGUGGUGCUGCUUCAGGUUAAGAACAGUUUCAGGUUAAGAACGGACCUCCAGAACAAAUUAAGUUCUUAACCUGAGGUACCACUGUACCUGAAUAGCUGUUUUUAGAAUAGUAAUUCAAUAGUACAGGGAACUUGGCCUUGAAUAAGUCCUGCACAAAGCCCAUUUUUAAUCACGAGUCUCCUGUAUCAAUCAUGUGCAAUUAUGUGAAGAAGGUAGUGCUGGGCAAGCAUGCUGCAUCCAUUUCCCAGCCUCCAUUCCAUAAAAAAGGUUUGAAAAAUGUAGGCAGAAUCCUGUCCUUAGACUGAUUUUAUGGUGCUCUGCGGGGGAGGGGGCCUGAUUCAAGUUGUAGCCCAAAAUAUUUGAAGAUGGCUAUCAUAUCUCCUCUCAGUCUCCCCUCUUCCAGACUAAACAUCCCCAGCUCCUUCAAGCGCUCCUCAUAAGGCUUAGAUUCCAGAACCUUGAUCAUCUUGGUCAGCCUCUUCUGCACACCUUCCAGCUUGUCAACAUCCUCCUUAAAUUGGACACAGUAUUCCAGAUGUGGUCUGACUAAGGCAGAAUAGAGUGGUACUAUUACUUCCCUUGGUCUGGACACUAUACUUCUGUUGAUUCAACCUAGAAUAGCAUUAGCUUUUUCUUAUUGCUGCUGCAUCACACGGUUGACUCAUGUUAAGCUUGUGGUCCACCAAGACCCCUAGAUCCUUUUCACAUGUACUGCUAGUAGAUUGGCACGAUGAUGUUCAAUUUCCAACCAGCUGGCAUUUGAGCUGUAUCAUUUAUGUAGGCGUAGAACUUAGCCAGAAUGGGUUGCCACCAGUCCACAUGUGUCUUAAAUAGUUAUGGCAGCAUCAUAUCUUCACCAUGGUUUUAUUGUAUGUCUGUGCCCGAUGUUUUUUAUGGUUAUGGUUAUUGUUGUUGUUUUUCUUUUUUCUUUUUGUUCUCCUUCUGAAUGAUGCCAUGGCCUAUGGCUAGUGCAAUAAAAAGUUUAAUUGGAAUUGGAGUUAGCCAAGAUGGCAAUCUGAGACCCUUUGCUACAGUCAAUGUACUGCUAGUAAGCCGGGUAUCCCCCAUCUUACAUUUGUGCAUCUGGUUCUUCCUGCCUAAGUGCAGAACCUGACAUUUGUCCCUAUUGAAAUUCAUUUUGUUGGCUUGCGCCCAGUUCUCCAAUCUGUUAAGGCCAUUUUGGAUUCUGAGUCUGUCUUCUGCAGCAUUAGCUACCCUUCCCAGUUUGGUGUCAUCUGCAAAUUUGAUGAGCAUCCUCUCAAUUCCUUCAUCCAAGUCAUUUAUAAAGACGUUGAACAACAACAGGCCCAGGACAGAGAACCCUGCGACACCCCACUUGCCACUUUUUCCCAGGAUGACGAGGAACCAUUAAUGAGUCCUCUGUGGGUUUGGUCAGUCAACCAGCUACAAAUCCACCAAACAGUUACUUCCUUCAACCCACAUUUUACCAGCUUCCUCACGAGAAUAUCAUGGGGGACUUUGUCAAAAGCCUUACUGAAAUCAAGAUACACUGUGUGUACAGCAUUUCCCUGAUUCAACAAAUUUGUAAUUCCAUUUAAAAAAAGAAAUAAAUCAAUUGGUCUGGCAUGAUUUAUUUUUGAGAAACCCAUGCUGGGUCUUAGUAAUCACAGCUUCCUUUUCUAAAUGCCCACAGACCAACCAUUGAAUUCUAGAACCUUCCCUGGUGUCAGUGUCAAGCUCACCGGUCGGUAGUUACCUGGGUCUUCCUUCCCCCCCCCCCUUUUGAAGAUGGGGACAGCAUGUGCUUUAGUACCCUUGGACGCAGCUCAUCAGGCCCUGGAGAUUUGAAUUCAUUUAAAGUGGCUAGGUGUUCCCUUACUACCUCUCUUCCUAUCUUGGGCUGCAGCUCCCUCCUUACAUCAUUUAUUCUUUCUGUAAAAAUAAUGAGGAGAUUGCCAAAGAUAGCGGAGUGAAGAUGGCCACUGUGUUGUUUCUAAGUAGGUUAUGUUUGUUGAACUCAUUAGUUCCAGUCUGAAGCUCCAGGUGACUGGCUCCUGCUGUUUGUUUUAAUAAUCUGUUUUAGCUUGUUUUGUGAAAGAUAACUUGAGCAGACAGUGUUACACGCAGGGUGAAUUCUGGCCAUAUCAAUAUCUUUUACGUAAAACCGGGUCAAGAGAUUGAACACAAGAAAAUUAAAAGGGUCACCUCAGCAUAACACCUUGGAAUCAGAGUUUCUUCCUAAGCCAUCACAUUGUGAUUGCAUCAAUAAUCUUAUUUAACUGGAAUAAUAAUUGCCUCCCAAAGAAAAUGUCUUACAGUCUUACGUUUCAUCUAAUGUAUGCCAUUUAUGUAAGCUUUUUACAUAAAUACGCAGCAAUAUAUUUCUGAGGAAUGAAUCAAGUUUUAUUUAAAUGGGGCAGAAAUAGGGUGGCUUUCCUCUUCUGUACGGGUCCCAGUGUGGCUGUGAUUGUGACAUGCAUCCAAUUUCCUUUGUGUCCUUUGUUUUACUUUUAGGUCCUGGAAACAUUUGCCGGCCGACUGAUUAGGCUCCAGGUUUUGUCUAAACGUGAAAUUCCUGCACUUACUAAGUAUCAGAUCAUUCUAGCACGGGAUCAGUUUAGGAAAAACCCUUCACGCACUGUGGUAAAUAUUACUCUGCAGUAUGAUAUUCUUAUCAGAGAAUGUUUGGCUGAAGGUAAAAGCAGUGAAGCAGCAUCUCUCUGAGCACAUGGGUCUGUCUCUCUUUCCCUUUAAUGCACAUCUUGCGUGUUUGAAGGGCUUCCUGUUCAUUCUCUCAAAAAUUGGGCAACCACCUUUCCCAAACACGUCAGCAGCACCCCCACAUUAUUGGACUGAAAGAAAGUGGCUGACCUAAAAGAACCUCCCAGUGGGUUGACUAGACAGACAAGGUUUAAGCCUGGGUAUGGUUUUUAUGUUCUGAACCGCCCUGUGACCUUUGGAUGAAGGGUGAUAUACAAAUUUAAUAAAUAAAAAAAUAAAAAAGAUAUGAUUAAUCUGAAUGCACAGCUCAGUUGCUUAGCCACUACCCUGUGCCAGCUUGUUUGUACUUCUUACCAAUGAAUAUCCACAUUAAUUUCCAUGCAUCCCUGUAAAAUAAGGCACUGCAGCGAUAUACUGCACCAUUCUCAGAAUUAUUCUUAGGGGUCUGUCUAGGAAAGAGGGAGGAAAACGGUGAGGUCUAGAACUCCCUGCUCUCGCUUUUAGAAUAUGUUUCCAGGGUGCAAUAAUUAAUUCUGAAAACUGGCUUGAGGAUCCAAAUGAUCCACAUAUUACAUGGAUUAAGAGUUGUCUGGGCCAUGGGUUUUCUCAGAAGUGAUUCAGAUGCAGGACAUUCAGCCGGGCCACUGGUGCAGGGAGGCAGUUUGAAAGGAGUGACUCACACAUGUGUCUUUGGGGGACUUGGCUCCAUGGAAGGGCAAAGGGCAGUUGCUCAGUGGCAGUACACACUGUGUUCAACCCCUGGCACCUACAGUUAAAGGUUAUUAUUCAUAUAUCCCACCUUUGGAGAAGAAAAACUCUGGUCCUAAAUCUCUGCUGCCUUGUGGGACGUCUUUGGGAGAAGAAAAGGCUCAGGAGUAAACCUUACACAAUCCAGGGUGGAGUCCCUAAGCCGGUUGGGUGGCGCCUUCUACGCUUCCUUAUGACAAGUCCUGCAGCCCAGCUGGUGCCAAAUGUAUUGCUCUGCUUUCCUUUGGAGCCAAGAAGGGGUCUUGUUGUCUGAGCAGCCCAGGACUUCCAGACACAGUGCCUGGUCGAGUGCCCCAGAGAGGUCACUUUGAUGCUGCUUAUGCAGCAGUUUGUCAUCACCCCCAGAGGCCUCUUGAGACAGAAGGAUGCCAACAUACAGAUCCCACCUUUCCUCCAAGAAGUUAAAGGUGGCGUACAUAGUUCUCCCUUCUCUCCAUUUAAUCCCCACAACAACCCUGUGAGGUAGGUUAUGCUGAGAGCUGGUGAUUGGCCCAAGGUAACCCAGUGAGCUUCGUGGCUGAGUGGGGGGGGGGGGUUUGAACCCUGGUCUCCCAGGUCCUAGUCCAUCACCCUUAACAACAAAGCACGCUAGCAUGGCUAGGAAGAGACUCUUGUUCCUCUACCAUAUUGUUUGCCUACAUUUGGUAGGAAGGAUGAUGGUACAAGUCCUUUUGGGUGCAAAUCUUUCUCACUGGAACUGAUGUCUCCACAGGGAAUGCAACAAGGCGCAAUAGAAGGAGAUUUUGCUCUUUGUAUUAGUUUGUAUCAUGGUUAUGAGCUACUGCUGCAAAUGGGAAUGCGAUCCUUAUAUAUCUUCUUAUGCGGAAUUAUGGAUGGAUCAAAAGGUAAGGGAUUCCUUUGCAUGUGGAACACCUUCUGUUAUCUUCCCAGAUCAGCUGAGGGCAUUUAGAGAGAUGCUCAGACUCGUUCCCCCCCCCCAAGAAAACUGGAAAUUAUGUAUUUAACAUAACCUCUAGAAAAAAUUUAAAAGACACAGAGCUUAGUUGCUUUCAGACUCUUAAAUCUUCAGUCAUUGCGGCUCUAUAUAUGCCAUAAUAAUAAAUGUGCAUAUAUACACACACCUACUGGGAUAGCUCAGUUGGCAGAGCAUGAGACUCUUAACCUUGGGGUCAUGGGAUUGAGCCCCACAUUGGACAAAAGAUUCCUGCAUUGCAGGGGCUUGGACCUGAUGACCCCUGGCAUCCCUUCCCACUCUGCAAUUCUGUGAUUCUAUCUUAAUGACAAAAGCAUUCCUUUGGGGUCCUCUAAAAUGAUUUACUGUUGAAGUUUUAUUUAUUCAGUGUGAGAGAAUUUCCAUUUAGACAAAUAAUACUUUCUUAGAUAUCAAGGCUGUAAUAUCUGCUAUGUGGAAUAAGCAUCUCAGAAUCAAAAUGGCUUUAAAAAUAAAUUGGUUUGACAGUAGCAUGGAAGAUCCUAGAUUUUAAAAUGCACAUUCAUAAUGAUUUCAGCUGAGCAUAACAGUUCUUAUUGUCGGAAGGGGUUUAGCACUUCCACCCUGACGGGCAAAUUUCCAGCUGGCUUUGGGUACGGAUGGGGCAGACAAGAGAGGAAGUUCCCCCGCUCAUCUGUGCAGGAGUGUGGAUGCUAAUAAUUGGUCGAGGUUUAGCUGACUCAUCACAAGCAUGCAACAAUUAAUGAAAGUUUCCAAUUUUUGUGGAAAAUAUUUAUUCAUUAGAUUUAUGCCCUGUGCCAUCACCCAAAGGAGCCCAGGGCAGCAAAGGAUAAUACAAUUUAACUUAUAGGUAAAGGUAAAGGAUCCCUGGACGGUUAAGUCCAGUCAAAUUUGACUAUGGGGUGCAACGCUCAUGUCCUCUUUCAGGCCGAGGGAGCUGGCCUUUGUCCACAGACAGGGUUGGGGUCAUUUUGUCAUCAGUAGAGGUAAGAGAGCUAUAAAGUAUGGCCAGAACGUGGAAGGAAGGAACACAUGAUGUCUCAGGGCUGGGCAGGUUGGAGAGGAGCCAAGAAAGUCCUUCGGCAAAGUCAAACCAGGUUGCAUCUAAUUUCUCAUAAUUGCCAGCUUGUCUGAGGCAGGGGAGUUCCUGUGUUAACUUUUGCCCAGUUCCAAUGACCCAGGUUCUUCUGCAGGUUCUUUUGCAACUUGCAUGAAAAGUAAUAGACACUUUGAAGUAGUGUAAAACCCAUUGCAGUUACAAUGCAUUAUUGCUUAUUGACUCGCUUGUUGCAGAUCAUGAAAGCAAUUCUAAAAGGGUAGUUCCUGUGUCCAACUUAUAUAAGUCAUGUGUCAUUUCCCCCCCAAGAUCUUUAAAUUGGUUUACUUCUCUCGAAAGGUAUGACUCGUACCAAAAAUGAACUUGGGCGUAAUGAAGACUUCAUGAUGUUGUAUAGCCAGCUUGAAAACAUGUUUGCAGACACAAAUGUGACUUCAGCAAAUGGUAAGAAAGCAAAGCUAGACUGGCAUUUUUCUUCUUAGUAAUAAAACACCACACUGGGCCUUGCUCAUUUUUGCCAACGGACACUUUGUUGCUGGCAUCCUUAUGUCCCGGGAGAGUGGAGUGUACCUUCUGGGGUGAGGUCAAACCUCUACACCAAAGUGACCUCUCCGGGGUGCAAGCCUGGGCAGUGGGUCUGGAGGUCCUGGGCUGCCCAGACAACAAGACCCCCCUCUUGGCUUUGCUGAUGUAGUCUAAAGGAAAACAGAGCAAGAUGUUUGGCACCAGCUUGGCUGCAGGAGUUAUUGGAAGGAGGCGUGCAAGGUGCCAUCCAGCCGGCUUAGGGUCUCCACUCUGGAUUUGUGUAGGAUUCACUCCUUAGCCUUUUCUUCUCUCAAAUAUGUGCCACAAAGCAGCAGAGGUUUAGGAUCAGAGUUUUCAUUCUUGUAGACGGGCUCCGUUCCCAGGUGGAUGAGCCCCAUCUGCCCCUCACUUCCCUGUACAGCAUGUGCAGAAUCUUCCUUCUUGACCAUUGGACCCCUCUUGGUCUUGUCCGCUCAGUCCCCCAGAGCCUGUCUUCACAGGCAAGGGAAGUUCCUAACUCACCGUGGGCUGAGUGCAGGGUGGGCAACCAAAGGUAGACAAACUACCCCAGAAGGAGCAUGACUUGUCUGCCACCAGAGUUACUGCCCCUCCUCUAAGACCUUGUUCACCCCGACUGACACUACCGAGGUAUAAAGACUAUUAAAUUCAGAAGGAAGCUGUCUUGCUUGUGCAAACAGUAACAUUGAGUUGGCAGGAGAAUGGUUAAUUACCUUCAGGUUUUAAAAGGUGUUUUGCUUCUGCUAGAAUUUGAAGCCGCUGUGAUGAUUUAGUUUUAGACAAAUUCAUUUUAUCUAUUAUAAAUGUUCUUUGCUUUUGACCUUUUUGAAGUUGAAUAAAAAUGAAUCCCUAAAUAUAUGGUUUAAUUUGAACAAUUUCAUUGUUUGUUAACAGUGUGUUAGACCAUAGUAAUAGUCAUAACAACAGUCUGAUAGUAAUUGUUUCAAAGGGUUCCUAUUAAAGAUAAAGCUGCCUAGAAAUUACAGAUUUAAAACAAAAACCUUUGGCCUUACAGGAGAUGGAAAAAGGAAGCCAUUUAUCUACAGUCACCCAAAGUUAAAGAAAUUAGAAGAUGUUGUAGUAGAACAUUUCAGAUCCUGGAAGGAGCGUGGAGGUACAUUUCGGAUGUAAUUCAAAUGCUAAUCCAUAGUAUGUGCCAAUUUACACCCUAACUUUUUCUGUUUCUGACUUGUAUUAGGAAAUAUGUAUUCUGUGCUUUUGUCACUACCAAUUAUCUGUUGAGUUUUCUCCUUGACUUUCUUCGGUGUGAAUUUACAUUCUGAUUGCCAGAGUUUACGGCCUUUUCCCAAAACAACAGCAACUGUUCUUCUCUUAACAAAGCUUCAUUCCCUAGCCUUUAUAAUCAUUUGACUUCAUUAGCCCCUUACGAAAUGUGGUUACCCAACUGACCAUCACUACACCCACUGAUAAUGCCUGCUUUUGUUUUCAAAAAUGUAGAGUAGAAUUUGAGGAGGAAAUAUUGUGGCCUCCUAUUCUGCUGCAAGGAGAUGCAUGGAUAAUGCACUCAAUGAACUGGAUAAAUUCCAGGGUGUAUAAUAUAGUAAAGAGGCUGCUAAAGGCCUUCUCAGUUUAAGCCACUAUCUCCUUGGUAACGCUGCCCAUCUAAAAAACUGGUUGGAGCUGGGACUAUGCAUUUGCUGAUAUGGGGGUCUCCCUCUCUUUCUCCUGCAUCCAAUAGAUCAAAGUGCACCUGAAGGCCAGCCUGGGGAGACCAGAGUCAUGAUCUUCUCCUCCUUCCGUGACAGUGUGCAGGAAAUUGCAGAAAUGCUGAGCCAGCACCACCCGGAGGUGAGGGUCAUGACCUUUGUGGGCCACUCCACCGGCAAGAGCACCAAGGGCUUUACGCAGAAGGAGCAGCUUGAGGUAAGGAGGGGCCGGGGGCUGGCGGGGAGCCCAGCGUGGCAAAGUCAUGCUGCGCACGUCUUGCUUGUUGUCAUCAGCGAGCUGUUGUUGCAAGGAGAGCUCCGGUGCCAAGAAAGCGCUCUUUGCAAGACAGUGGUGCCCAUUUAGAACUUGGCUGCUAUGUGCCGAUUCUCUGAACUCAUGAUGGUCCAUACCUUCUGCUCGUUUAGCAUGUGCUUAAGUCUCUUGAUAUUUAUAGAAUUAAUGGGCGUGUAACCCUACUGCUCACAGUUGCAAGCGCAUGAUCACGGUCCGGCUGCAGAACUGCCACUGUUGCACAAGCCCAGAGUAAUCCUGCCUCUUUCAAAUGAUGCAGCGUGAUUCCCAUAAGGCUCUUAGGCUCAGUACCUAAAUCUGGAUGAACCAAGUGGCAGAAGUCUAUAGAAACAAAAUUACUGUUUGGUAUCCAGGUACGUUUGGAUUGUGUCGGCUUCUGCUGCUGCUGCUGCUACUACCACUACUAUUUGGGUAGUGACUUGCCCAUAAAAAUGAUGCAGUGGCUUACAAAGACAUAUGGCAGGGGUCGGCAAGGUUUACCUUGGCUGGGCUGGUUCACUACAGCGGAGAUCCCUCCGUGGGCCGGAGUGUGCGUGAGCGCACACCCUGCAAUUUCCGGCGCCUGUGCAGAUGCAUCGCGAAAGUGAGUCCCCACGCUGCGCCAGUUUAGCGCAGUGCGCGGGGACUUGCUGAGUGGACGGCUUGGUUUGUUGGUGGCUCGUGGGCCGGUUAAACGACCCAUCCCACGGGCCUUAGGUUGCCGACCCCUGACAUACGCUGUAGCUAUUGAUCAUAGAAUCCUAGAAUUGUAGAGUUGGAAGGGACAUUGCAAGCUUCUCUCUCCACACACACACACACACACACACACACACACACACAACCAAAUAGCCAGAGCUACUUACCAGCCAAAGCUGAUAAAGAAAUAAAUCAUUUUGCAGUUAAUCUUCUCCAGAAAUGCAAGCGCCUCUCCACACUCAAACACACACACACACACACACACACACCCCGCCACCUUUACAUAUCCUGCUUUUUCUCUGUUGUGGAACUCAAGGAACUCAAUAUGUGAUUCCUAGGGGAGUCACUCCUUUAGGCACCAGCCAGACUCAGGCCUUCUAAGCUCCAGUAAGAUGUGGCCGCAGGAAGCCAGAGGUGAUAGGUUCUCUGCAAAGCAAAUGCUCAUGUGUUUCCUUCCUCCUUUAGGUCGUGAAACGUUUCCGUGAGGGUGGCUACAACACUUUAGUCUCCACGUGUGUGGGCGAAGAAGGCUUGGAUAUUGGAGAAGUUGACCUCAUCGUUUGUUUCGAUGCACAGAAAAGUCCAAUUCGGCUUGUGCAACGAAUGGGCCGAACCGGGCGCAAGCGGGAAGGGCGGAUUGUGGUCAUCCUUUCUGAAGGACGGGAAGAGCGAGUAAGACAUAGAGCCAAUAGGAGCCCAUUCUGCAGCCAACUCAUUGCAUUCCUCAACAUAACCCACUUUUUUAUUGCUUUUCCAAAUUUCCUAAAGACGGGAACCCAAAUCCUAAGACUUACUGUGCCUGAAAGUAAGUCCUUUGAGUAAGAUGAACCAAUGGCCCAGCGCUGCAUGGCUUGGCAGGACAGGUCUGCUGUGGCAAACAUUUAGGAUCCUCAUGCCCAGAUGUUCUGUGUAUCCAUCUCCCACAAAGCCAGCAACAAGGAGGACAUAGCUUUAUCUGAUAACAUGGACUAGUGUGUUUGUAAUAUUAAACCAUGGUUUAGUGUUUCAUGGAUGAGCCUCAGUAGUCCCAAGCAAAGCUCUGGGCUUGCAGGAUCCCCUUUCCUCCUCUUUUCCAUCUGUUGGCCGUGACAGGAGUAGACCUUCUGCCAAUGAUUCUUGGGUUACUGUUGCAUGUGAACUAGGAAUCCUGGUUUUAAACAUACAAGGGUUAGUUAAACAAUCCAGCAGCUGUGGGCUGUAGAAACGGUGCUUGUUUUUGCUUUCUCUUUCCUGUCUCCACUGGUUUACUGGAUCCAGGGUAUGUCCUCCUGGUGAGUGUGUGGGCAGGCAGAAAUAAUGAGAGCCUCCAGGGAUGCCUCACAGAGGGGUUCCAAGGAAGUUACCAAAUUACCUGAUCUCAUGUAAUCACAUGAUAGCAGUUGGUCCAGAGCAUGGGCAGGUAAACCAAGGCCCGGGGGCUGAAUCCGGCCCAAUCACCUUCUCAAUCUGGCCUGUGGACGGUCCAGGAAUCAGCAUGUUUUUACAUGAGUAGAAUGUGUCCUUUUAUUUAAAAUGCAUUUCUGGGUUAUUUGUGGGGCCUGCCUGGUUUUUUUACAUGAGUAGAAUGUGUGCUUUUGUUUAAAAUGCAUCUCUAGGUUAUUUGUGGGGCAUAGGAGUCCGGCCCCCCACAAGGUCUGAGGGACAGUGGACUAGCCCCCUGCUGAAAAUGUUUGCAGACCCCUGGUCCAGAGUGCUACUGGCCCAGAAAGGAUUGGCACUUGACCCAAGUGUACAAAAGUAUGCAAGCCUAAGAACAUAAGAAGAGCUCUGCUGGAUCAGGCCAGUGGCCCAUCUAGUUGAGCAUCCUGUUCUCACAGCGGCCAACCAGAUGCCCAUUAUGGGAAACCCACCAGCAGCAUUCGAGCUCAGGAGAAUCACCGUCCCCUCCUGUGUUUUCAGCAACUUGUUUUCAAGCUUGCUUUAGCUGCAGGUCUGUCCAUCCUUACUUGGGAGUCUGUCCUGCUGAAUGCAGUGGGGUGUACUUUCAGGCAAACAUGCAUAGGAUUGGAAAUUGCACCCCCCCACACACACACAAACAAAAAACCACCAAAAUUCUUCUUUGUUUUGCAGACAUACAAUCAAAGCCAGUUAAACAGAAGAAGCCUCCUCAAAGCUAUUUCUGAAAACAAAGGGCUCCACUUAUACCAGCACAGCCCACGGAUGAUUCCAGAAGGCAUCGACCCGAAGAUGCACAGGAUGCCAAUUACGCCUGUGGAGCGUGAGCCAAGCCCCUCCAAGCCCACCUCAAAAGGGAGGAGAGACCACGCUCUGCUGCUGCAAAAGUGGCUUCCCUAUCCCACUGGGGCAGGUAAGAUGUGCAGAAUGUUUUCUCCUCCUCUUGGGGUAUUACUGUUAUUUAAAGGCUGCUUUUUAGGGCCAUGCACUCACAAACUGGCAUACAGGAAAAGGGAUGGCAAAAUAGAUACAGCUGAUUCCAUACACACCUUAAGGGUCAACAGAUUAAUGCAAGGAAGCUGCUCUGUCCCACCAAGCAGCACAAAAGAGAAAAGUUUUCAAGGCUUCCUUGAGUGCUUCUACUGUAGUGGUGAGGCAUCAACCAACCAGAAGGGAGUUCAGAGCUCUGGGCCCUCACUGAGGAAGCCCUGCACAAAGAUCUCACUGGCACGCCCCCCGAGGCAGACCUUAACGGGAUGGGGACGGUCAUAGGCGUGGAAGUGGCCCUGCUCCACCAACUAUAUACGGAUAUGUGAGGGCCUUUGGAAAAGCAUUAUUGCACCCUGGCUUAGUUGUUGGAGGGGUAUCAGUAGCGACUAAAUCCAGACCUGUUCCGGGUGAGAGGCACUUUUGCUGCUUUCCCAUGUGUGUUGUCCAGCAUCUAGAUUAGGAGAAGGAAACGCAAAAUUCCUCAUUCACCUUCCUUCAGGAGGGCAUUCCAUGUGCAGAUGUGUUUUGCCAGAUGUUUUAUCGUCUACCUCGUGCCACACGGUGCAACAUCAUCUCACUCCUGCCCCAUGCAAUGGUGUGUGUGUGUGUGGAUUUCCUAAAGUCUGUCCUAUCCCUCUUGGCUUUCCUGCUUUCAGAACUGGUCUGCUUCUAUCACAGGAUUGUAGAGUUGGAAGGGACCCCAAGGGACAUCUAGUCCAACCCCCUGCAAAGCAGGAAUCUUUUGUCCAAUGUGGGUCUCAAACCCACGAAGGGAGGGCAAGCUUGUGCUGAGCUCCAGGAGUUUAGAGGAAUCUUCUGUUUGACAAGCUAUGUGUCUGGUGCCUAUUUGAGAGAAUUUUCUUCUAAAUAUCGACCUUCUCUCUCUCCCUACCUCCAAACACUUUCCAGAUGCAAAGCAAACUCGUCCGUCCGAAGCUUGGUGCCUCACAGCUGAAGAAUUUGAAAGAUGGAAUAGAUUGUAUAAAAUCAAAGCUGGUGAUGGAAUAAGAAACCCAGUUCUGCCUCGAAGUCACUUUGAAACAUUAGAAGAUGAGGAGACGAGAGUAAGUUGGGGCCUGAAUGCGCUUGUUGGGUGUUCUCUGGCCUGGAGCAGGAAUUCCAAGCUCUGUCUUGCUGGAUGCGCCUCAGCCAGGAGGAAAGUGGACCAAUCCCUUGUCAAGCAUAACAAAGGGCUGCUUUUGCCGUGAACUUCAGACACCAGCUGGGGGAUGGCUGUAGCUCGAGUCUCAAGAGUACCUGCUUCGCAGUGUUCAGUCCCCACAUCUCCAGGGCUGGGAAAGUCUCCUGCCAGCAACCCUGGCCGUUGAAUAGAAGACAACGUGUCUCACAGUCCAUGCACAGUACUUGGGUGCUCUCCAUCUCUUAACAGAUUGGAGUGAAAAAUAAAGAGUAUUUUAAGACAGCAUCGUCUUCUUGCAAUAACUGUUCAUGUUUUAUUUAUGCAUCAAGCCCUGUAACUGGAAUUACUAUUUUUGUACAGUCUGGAUCAUGAGAUGCUUUGUAUUUUGCCAGCCAGUACUUGGAAUGAGCUCUGUGUUGCUCUCUGUUUUGAAACCCAGGACUCGCAAGCCAAGGAGGUCCAUGUGCUGUCUCUGACAGAGUGGAGGCUGUGGCAGAACCGCCCUUUCCCUACCCACCUGGUGGACCACUCGGAUCGUUGCCACCACUUCAUUAGCAUGAUGGAGAUGAUCGAGCAGAUGAGGCACGAAGAGGUUGGUAAGCUCCCCGUGGAAAGCUCACACUCACCGAACAAACAUUAUCUCCCUAUAAGAGUCAUGUCAGACUUUAUAGUUUUCAUGAGACUGUGCUGUGCCUUUGUUGAAGGAAGUUGAGCAGGCUGAGGGGCCAGGCAGUGCAAUUCGUAGGAGUGGAUUUUGGACUCAAGGGAGGGGGCAGUCUAUGGUCAGCCAUAAACCUCACUAGGUGGCUUUGGAAAAAGCACCUCUCAGCUUAAGCCUAUCAUUCAGAACAUUUAUAAGGUAAUGGGCUGCAAAGCACGUUCAAAAAGACCUUUGCCAGUAAGCAAGCAUCUUCAGAUCCCUUUGUAGGCCCAAGCGGAGUUAGGAGAAAAGGCCCUGGGGUGCCUGCGGCCCCCAUUCCUCUGGACGUACUCCGGUGAGCGUAGCUCUGGAAAAGGCAUCCCUUUCUUCUCCAGGGUGCUCCCAGUGACCUAUACCAGCUGGUGUAAGCACACUAUCCUUCUGGCUUAAGACAGCAAGACGUUAGAGACAUUGUAGUUCUAAACUACUAAUUUAUUUACAGAAUAUACAGACAAGCAAUCAUGGUCCUCUCUCUCAGCUCCGAGAGCGGAAGAAUCCAUAGCGUAAAAUUGAAAGUACAGUUUUACAGUCUCAUACCGGAAGAAAGAUAAGCCUGUCUUCCCUUCUCACGCUCCUCACAGACAGGCGUGUGAAUCACACAUAUCAUACAAUGCAGCUUCAGAGGUCUGAUUUGCUAACAGGGUUGGGGCAGUGUCAUGCUUCAUGCAUCUUAGGUGAGUUCAUUGCAUUCAGGUUUGAGGACCUGUUGAUCUCAGCAACUUAGUUUAACGUAAAAACGCUUUAGUUUGCUGUAAAUUCUGAGCAAAUACAUGGAUGAGAUUCUAACUUGGAAAAUUCUCGGUGUGGAUUUUUUUGGCUUUUCUCUGUGUGCCUUUUAUUCCAAGCACAAAAAAGCCACGGAGACAGUUGUGUCCUGCUGUAGAAAAGGGGGAAACAACCCUCUGUUUCAUGCAGAUGCAUGCAUCAACACACAGAUGAACCAUAAAAGAAGCUUUUUAUUAAUGCCUUCCUGGCUUCAUUGCUAAGGCAACGGAGGCUUGGCCAAACAGAUUGGAUUUUCCCCUAGCUAGAGUUUGCAGGUUCCACAGUGCUGCCUUCAAUGCUUCGAGAGCAGGCAGUGGGCUUAUCUCCCAUCACAGUGCUGUGGUGCUUAGCACUAAGACUGGAGAUAAAAGAUGCCUCAUCGCCCUAAAGAUCAGACUCGGAGCCUUAUCUCCCAGUCCGCUUGUAGAUGAAGAUGAGGCCUGGCAGGCUGGAUCUGGCCCGCAGGCCAUGGGUGGCCGCCUCUCCUCUGUUAGAGAGAAGCCAGUUGCUCUGCUCUGGAAUCCUGUGGAGGAGUCCGCACAGCUGCUCCAGAAGAGCCCAGCAGAUGACUUUCUGUUCAGUGAGAGUGUGCUUGCUGGGCGCAGCUUAUGAGAAGGAACGCAGCUUUUGCACAAUAUCCCUUUCAAGGCUUUUCUGCUGUGCUUUUGCUUUGGGAGCUGUAGCUUCAACAACAGGAACCUCCGUAGAUGUUGACACCAAUAAGAGAUUGUGAAUUCAGAUUUCAGAAACUAGCUGGUGCCAAAUUUGGUGGCCAGGCUGCUCACCGGGGCAAGGCGGUCUGAGCACACAACUGUAAUCCUGGCCCAGCUGUGCUGGCUAACAGUUAGCUUCUGGGCCCAGUUCAAAACACUCGUUUUGACCUAUAAAACCUCAUGCAACUCUGCACCCCAAUGCUUCUUGGACUGCUUCUCCCCGUAUGAACUGACCUGGACCCUUCGAUCAUCCUCUGAGGCCCUUCUUCCUAUGCCUCCUCCAUGAGAGGUCUGGAGGGUGGCAACAUGAGAACAGGCCUUUGCAGAGGUGGGUCCCCAUUUGAGGAAUGCUCCCUCCAGGGAAGCUCGCCUGGUGCCAUAAUUACAUAUCUUUAGGCAAUAGGCAAAAACAUUUCUUUUCUGCCCAGCCUUUGAUUUUAAAUUAUCCAUGGCCUCCUUGAGUGGCUGAGAUGUUUUAAUCCUGCCUUUUAAGAAUAUGAUUGUCUAUUAGAUUCUUAUUUUAUUUUGUUUUAUGCGGUUUUUAAUGUUUUGUUUGUUUGCUUGUUGUAAGUCGCUUUGAGCUACUGUUGGAAGAAAAGUAACUAAUUAAUAAAUAAUAAUAAUAAUAAUUAAAUGGUGAAUGGUUGAACUUUGAGGGCAAUGUUUACCCAGUGUUAGAAACUGAGAUAUGAAAGCUAGGAGCACCUUAAACCUCUAGGUUAUGGAUGCAACAACGGAACGUCUAGGUGUGUUUUUUUAAUAACAAGAAUGCAAAGCUGAAAAUGAAUGAAUUGCAGCUAAAAUAUUAUGUUCAUUUUUCACAUGGUCUAGUCCUUCCCCUGCCCACCCCCCUAAUAUUCUUAAGAGGGUCUUUUUUCCAGUCUUCAGGGAGUAGCUGGAAGUGGGGAGGCAGGAAAAGGUCCUCCUUUCCUUCAUUCUGCAGUUUUAAUCUGAAAUCUUAGGCUCAGUACUGCGCCCAGAGCUCAGAAACUGCUUGCACUAAUGAAAUUCCCUGUUGCAAAACGCGCCUAGAACAAUGGGAGUUUCGAACACUGUGUUUACUACCAUGCAGAGCGCAGUAAAUUAAAAGGAUUGCAUUGUCGGUCUACUCCUGAGAAUUCUUUAAUAAAAAGUGUGCCCCGGGUGGAUUUUAACCCCCCUCUUGUAGGACCUCCUUGCAGGCGCUUCUGCUUUAGCUAGGGAUGCAAACGUGCAUCUAGUGAACAGGUGAUGCUUUGUGUUGGCACACUUAGGCAGGUUUUAAGCAGCAAACUCACUUUGGGUUCAGGAGCUUGAGUCACUCGCAGUAACUAUGCAGUUCUUGGCCUGCACUAACGUCAGAGUGUUAUAUUUAACACUUGUCGCUUUUUCUCUCCUACUUCAAUUCACACUCCUACGCCAACAAAAUGGCUCAAGGCUAUAAUUGCCCACAUGUGCGACUCCUACUUAUGGCUGCUGGGAUUCCAUGGGCGGGAAACUGCGGCUGGAAGCCUGCAGAGAAUCCAGAGGAGGGAGUCAAGUCCCACACGUGCAGGAGCAGUGCAAAUGCUCUGUUGUUGUUGCAGCUUCAGCACUUGGGAUGAAAUGUCUGGAGGAUGGGAACUGUCCAUGCAAGACAGCCUCAAUCUGUGCUUGGAUAAUUUUGUUUAUUUAUGUCUGUUUUCCCUCUUUGGAAUAAUUUCAGCAGUGUUGAAAAUGCAUCUCAUUUUCACAGCGGAAGCCCGCAGAAGAACUUCCACUCAGGAGCACGGUUACAGUUGUGGAGAAUUCUUGUGCCUCAAAAGGCAAGCGUCCUCUCCUCACUGUGGCCACCCAGAUAAACCCAAAAGCACAAUUUCAACACAAGAGGUCUCUCCCCUCCUGUGGCUUCCAGCAACUGGCAUUCAGGAGAGCAUCGCUGCCUCCAACUGUGAAGGCAGAGCAGAGCUAUCCUGGCCUAGAAGCCAUGAAUUCAUCCUCCACCAUGAAUCUGUCUAAUUCCCCUUUAAAGCCAUCCAAGUUUGUGGCCACAGCCACAUCUCAUGGGAGUGAAUUCCAUAGUUUAACCAUGCGUGGUAAAGUUCUUCCUUUCAUAUGUCCUAAAUCGACCAAUGCUCAGCUUUGUUGGUUGGCCCUAGAUUGAGAAGGGGCAGGAUGACUGCAAAGGUCUUGCCAGGCAUCUGAGUUAGCAAGGAUCGUUGGAGGCCCCAUGGGAGCCUGAGCGCGGUGAAGGUGAGCAAGUUAGCUUGAAGCAUUGCUGCAGCCCCAGGCAGAAGCCCAUUGGAGGUUGGAAUGCUCCAGUAAGGUGGUCAUACAGUUCAAGGCACACUUGAGCCAUGCACCUGAGUCUCCUGGCACACCUGCUGUCACCCCUGGGACUGUGGCAAUGAGGGCAAGAUCCCAGGAGUUGAGAGAACUUCCAGGGAGGAGUUUUUAGCACAGAACAUUGACAAGAAAGGCGCAGGUUCGUGGGGGAGGUUGCGGAAGCUGUGCUUGGGGAGGGAUGGUUCUGCGCAAUUCUGUUUGCAUGGUUUGCUUUCCAACCCACAUCUGAAAAGCUAAGCUUGGUGUGCUGAGAGCUUCCACUAAUACCCACGCACACACACGCACACACACUCUGUUGCUAAUCAGGUCCUGCACUACUUUGCCCUGGAGCAUUAAAGGGUCAUAUGGGCAUUUAAGAGGAUAAAGCUGCACUCAGCAAUCUGAAAGGCUUGCCAGCUUUCCCUGCUUGCUUCUCCAGCUUGUUACAGAAAACACAUUGCCCCUAAUGACAGCAGGGAAACUGAUGUUCAUUCCAAAAUUAUGCUGUGUUGGCUUUGCCCUUCCUUCCUAGUGCCUUAUGUUCCCUUUGGAGGCAUAAUCUUCAUGCGCUCCAGCCACGGGGUUCUUUUGCAUUGCAAGGAGUCACUUUAUGGGAGCCCAAGAGUUGUCAGUAUUCUUAUUAUGAUUCCUGUACUCCCAAAGCCAGAGUUGCCUUGUGACUCUGCGGGUGGGAUGUUUGUGAAAUGAGCUAUAUGGAUUCUCCCAUUUAUUGAUGCCCUGCUCCCUGGGAGAGAGAGAGAACUGUUGUUGGUUUUUUUGCAGGCCAGAAGCCCAUUUAAUUGUUAGGCACCACAUUUUCUGUCACCUUUCCAAGUUGUGAAUAUUGUUAAUCUGGCAGUAUUCUAUAAUUCUUAAUGAAAGCCAUUGCGCUAAUGCAAUCGUAUUGGCAAAGGAGCGGUUUUGUCCUAUGACCUAUUUUGCUGAGCAGCUGGUUUCAAAUCUCAAGUUUUGUGAGUUCCUUCAAAUGGUUUUUUGAUGUUUUACUCUACUAAGCAACGUGUGAAGGUGUGAGAGUGUCUUUGCUUCCCACCUGCAGUUUAGAACCUGCCUGGGGUCAAGUGUCCUUUUCCAUAGCAAAGAAGAGCAUUUAUGUAAGACCUUGUGAGCCUGAAAUGAGGACACACACUAUGAUCCUAGCUGCCAGACUUGGGUACCCCUGGAGGAGAGUUGCUUUAUGUAACUUAUGUAUCAGGUCAUUUUUAAUGUUAUUUCUUUUUUUGUAGGCCAAAUUUGCAGGUAAAUGAACUAGCUGUAUCGUUCUGUUUUGAUUUAAAUGACUCCAUGAUCCUGUGAACUUAGGGAAGGCUGCACCAAUACACACAGGCAUUGUUUUCCAGAAUAUAGUCAGUCCAGGAUUUGGAAGCAGUAGAGGGAAACUGCUUAAAAGAUAAAAUAACCAAACAUAUAGAAGAACAAGCCUUCCUGAAACAGAACCAGCAUGGCUUCUGCAACGUCAAGUCUUAUAUUAUGAACAUAUUUGAGUUCUUUGAGAGUAUCAACAAGCAUAGCAUACUUAGGAAUUUCAAAAGGCUUUUGACAAAGUACCUCACCAAAGACUCCUGCUGAGUAAGCUUAGCAGUCAUGGAAGAGGUCCUCUUGUGGACUGGGGUGAGUAGGAAUAAAUGGACAGAUCUAUGGAUGGAGAGAUGUAGACAGUGGAGUCAGAGGCCAUAUUGCUUCUGAAUGCCAGUUGCUGGAGGUCGCACAAAGCGAGAGGGUUCUCGUGCUCGAAUCUUGUUUGCUGGUUUCCCACAGGCAUCUGGGGAGAAGCCAUUGUGAGAACAGGAAGCUGGGCUAGAUGGGGUCUUGGCCUGAUCCAGCAGCCUCUUUUGAUUUUCUCCUUGAGCCCUCAAGAGCAAAUCUUGGUCUCCUGGUCCAUUUCCCUUCUGCAAGACUGAAGCAAUGCCAGUCUAGUAAACACAGUUGAUGGGAGGAUAAGGAGUGCGAUGAACUUUGAGUCAAGCAGACAUCUGAAAUAGUGUCUUUUCUUUUUUUCAACUAGGGAGAAUGCCACUAUGAGCUGGAUACCCGUCCUUAUUUUCACUGGGAAGAUGUUGAGGCAUUGGAGGAGGCUCAGCGGGGCAAGAGGUGUCGUGAUGCUGCAGCUGCUCAAAAGGCGCCUUUCUCUAGAAAAACCCUGGCAGAGGCUCCAAAAGCAGCAACACACCGCUCAUCUUCCUCCGUCGAGCUUGAUGCAGAAUGUGUAUCUCUCUUUAAAGCAACGAGCUUCAAAUCUGCGAAUAGGCCUCAGGCUCUGUCGGUAGACUCUGAAAGUCAUGCUACAGAGGGACUCAGCCCUGCAGAUGGUUUUCCAGUGAGCACUUUGCCAUUGGUUGAAGGUGCUGGAUGUAAAAAAAUGUCAGAUAAGGAUGAGGAAAACAUGGAGGAAUCUGCCAGCAUAAGCACUGCCCAGAGAAGCGUUGCUGAUCGUGAAAAUGCAGCAGAAACAAAAUUUCAGCCCAUCUCAAAAGUGUGCGGCUCAUGGAAUGGACACGGUGCAGAUUCGGGCUACGGCUGCUUUGCAGAAGAAAAUUCUCCCCUUUCUUCCUUGUUUUAUGCACCAGCAGCAGCAGCAGUGGCGGAUUUCUUUGUGCUUGCUGGUGCAAGUGCCGAUGAGGAUGCUUUUUGGGGAAAAUGCAUCCCAACAAAUGCAGCAAGGCUUCUGUCACAGUCUCCCCCUUCUCUGAAUGAAUUAUUUGAUUCUGAAGAAGAGACAGAGGAUGUAGCCCAGCAGUUAAGCUCAGUGCAAAAAUGUGUUUCUGGUGUGUUUGCAGGCAAACGUCCUUCAGGAGAAAAACUGACACCUUUCAAACCACCUUCCACGUCACCUCAGAACAUGUCUGAACUCACAGAUGCUCAGGAACAGUGUUCCUUGGAUAACCCUUUGGAAAAAAGCUGCAUUCCUGAAGCUUCCUUUAGCAAGAUAAAUGAUUUUGAUUGGGACGAAAUAUUUGCGUGUGACGAUGAAAAGCAGAUGGGCAUUCAGGGGAGAACUCCUCCAGUGGCAAAUCAUGAUCCAGGAGCAAACCAUUCAGGAAAGGAGGCAGCUUGCAGAAGUUAUCAAGGAUCCCAGAAGCUGGCUGAGAGGAAUGCAAGCCCUACUGAAGUGCCUGGGCGUUUCUUUAUAGGAGAGGAUUUUGCAGAGUGUGGCCCUCAUCCAGACACAAAAGGAGGGGAGCUUUCAGACACAUCAUUGCGGGCUACUCAAGCCAGUACCCUGAGCAAGGAAGAGGAGACCUCUGAAAGGCAGCCCUCAGGGGAGGAGCUUCAUGAGGUCAGCCAAGGAAGCCCCAUGAAGUCAUUGAGAAUCCCAAGAGAUGGAGGUUUGGAAGCCUCUGUUGAUCCUGUCCGUGCAGGCAAAGAAGAAGGCCAGCGUCCUGGAGAGUUCUACAAUGUUUCUCAGGAGUUGUUCUCUGUUAACUUUGAUCUGGGUUUCCUGACUCAAGAAUCGGAGGACGAGUGCUCAGAGCAAGUGGACACCAUGAAAGAUGGGGGAACUCACGCGGCAGUUAGCUCCUCUAGCGCUGAAGUAGCGCUCUCAAACAGCAACAUGUCAAGGAAGUCUCCACUGACCUGGGGUAAUGAAUGUUUUAAUGGAACCAAGUUUUCUACACCUUUACACCUACAAAAUCGGGACUCUUGUCUUGCGGCAGUUGAAAAUGUUAUUCCCUUGGUCUCUCCUUUGACACCAGCGAGAGGGAAACUGUGCCAGUCACCAAGUUCUGCGCACGCUGCAUUUUCCACACCGACAGGUAGGCAGGUGAGCCAUGCUGGCAUCCCCAGAAGAACCUUCGUGAGUUCUUUCUCCGGGAAUAGGCAGGAAAGCCCACAGGCGCCAGUUCCAAGGAGAGGGAAUGCCAGUACAGUGAAAAGGGACUUGGCUAACUCCAUUUUCAGCACGGAGGGGCUUGCGUUGCGGGAAACCUCGAAGGUGGAAAAUGGAAGCCUAAAUGGCCCUAACGUGCUUCCCAUUGAAGGUAAGAUGUUUAAAAAAUUAAAAUAGCAUAAGGCAUUAUGCAGAGAGGACAUAGUCUGCCUACAGUCUUCAGAAGGCAGAUGGGAACUGGAUACUGAGAUCCUGCCUUUUAAGCAAUGAAGGGAUGUUCUCUCGCUCGGUUUAUGGCAAGGCUAAGCAUCAGGUUGCAGAAGGCAACAUCCUAGAGUUGGAAAGGGCCUCAUGGGGAAUCAGCCCAACCCCCCCUGCCCCCCCCCCAGCUGAUGCAGGAAACCCCCCACCCCCUGGAUCCCCAGUAGGUGAGGCCAUCCUGCCUCUGCCUAAGAACCUCAAGUGGAAAGAGUCAGUCCGACAUUCUCUCUUGAAUGGUUUAUGCUGAUGGGAAUGUUUAAAUCAUUUUUCUUGCGAUGCAUUUAAAAUAUUUAACCUUCCUCUCCACACAAGAUGGUACUAAAGUGGGGUUCAGUGGAAUAAAUUAAAAGCAACCCCCUCUCCCUCAGUUACAGAUCAUCAGUCAGAUAAAAACAGGAACAGAUAAAACCAUGGCAGAGUCAGUAGUGACAAUAAACAGGACCAAAAUGCUGCUGCGGCACUGAUGCCCCUAAAGGCCUGCUGAAAUGGGUUCGUUUAUGCUCUACCCUACUCGGCCCAUCCUCAACAUCAGUGGAGAUCCUGGCCCUCCUCUUGCCUCCUCAUUGUCUCUUCUCCAAUCUAAGCCUGCUUCCCUGCAGCCUCUCCUCCUAGUGAGGGGCCUCCUGGUCCCCCUCCAUCUAGGCCACACUCCAGUGUGGUGUAGUGGUUAAGAGUGGUGGACUCCUAAUCUGGGGAACCGGGUUCGCAUCUCCACUCCUCCACAUGCAGCUGCUGGGUGACCUUGGGCCAGUCACACUUCUCUGAAGUCUCUCAGCCCCACUCACCUCACAGAGUGUUUGUCGUGGGGGAGGAAGGGAAAGGAAAAUGUUAGCCGCUUUGAGACUCCUUAAAGGGAGUGAAAGGCGGGAUAUCAAAUCCAAACUCUUCUUCUUCUUCUUCGUAUGCCGUUUACUUUGUCAGUAUCCUUUUUAAAUGGUUAGAGGCAGCAGCUAGAACUCUGUUGGGAAGUGGAGACCAGUGGCUGUACCAGCCUUUAAAGAAAGGGUUAAACUCUGGGAGGUUAGUGGCUAAAAUAGCACACUUUUAGGCUCAUGGAAUAAGAGCAAAGGCAAGGCAAGUUUAUUGAAAUACAGUUGUUUACAUGUUUGUUUUAAAAAAGGAAGAUAACUUUAUUAAUUUGGGAUAAUAUGUCUGAAUAAACCUCAACUUUUUCUGUUCCUCAUCCAGUAAGCUUUUUUCCAAUCAGAUGUAAGCAAUUUUGCAGUAAGAGUGGUAUUAUAUAAGAUGCAAUGUGAUUUAGACAGAGCGAUACUGCAAUUUAUUACAAAAUCAAUUAAAAAAAUUGAAAUGUAAAUAAACUGGAGCUUGGAACUGGACACAGUAAGCCGGAUGAGGUUUGGCCAAAGUAGAAUAAAGCAGGACCAUUGCAUCUGCAGGCUCUGCUUCUGGUUUUUUUUUUUUUUUAAUAAUGAUAUUUAUUAAAGUUUCACAAAAAUACAUGAAAAUACAAAACAAAGAAAAAAGUAUAAAGUUUUAAGAUACAGCAAAAAAGUAGAAAAUAAGAAAAAACGUACAAAAUAAAACAGUUAAAAACACAAUAAUGUUCCAUAACCUAUCUUCCUUACUCUUAUUUCCCGGACCUCCUCAUACCUCCCUUCUUUGUAUUCCAAUUCAAUUUGUUGGUUCAGCAAAUCCUUACCAUUAAUCUUUUACCCAAUUGUUAACCUUUUUUUCCAUGUCUCUUAAAGCAUUACAGCUAAAAACCUCUUAGUUUCUAUCCAACAUCCUUCUAAAGUUCCUUAAUUUUGCAAUAUUUCUGUAAAUAGUCCUUAAAUUUUUUCCAGUCUUCUUUCACCGACUCUUCUCCCUGGUCUCGGAUUCUGCCAGUCAUUUCCGCCAAUUCCAUGUAGUCAAUCACCUUCAUCUGCCAUUCUUCCAAAGUGGGUAGAUCUUGUGUCUUCCAAUACUUUGCGAUAAGUAUUCUUGCUGCUGUUGUAGCAUACAUGAAAAAGGUUCUGUCCUUCUUUGGCACCAGUUGGCCGACAAUGCCCAAGAGAAAGGCCUCUGGUUUCUUCAGAAAGGUAUAUUUAAAUACCUUUUUCAGUUCAUUAUAUAUCAUUUCCCAGAAAGCCUUAAUCUUUGGGCACGUCCACCAAAGGUGAAAGAAUGUACCUUCAGUUUCUUUACAUUUCCAACAUUUAUUAUCGGGCAAAUGAUAAAUUUUUGCAAGCUUGACUGGGGUCAUGUACCACCUGUAUAUCAUUUUCAUAAUAUUCUCUCUUAAGGCAUUACAUGCCGUAAACUUCAUACCUGUGGUCCAUAACUGUUCCCAGUCAGCGAACAUAAUAUUAUGUCCAACAUCUUGUGCCCAUUUAAUCAUAGCAGAUUUCACCGUUUCAUCCUGAGUAUUCCAUUUCAACAGCAAGUUAUACAUUCUUGACAAAUUUUUAGUUUUGGGUUCUAACAAUUCUGUUUCUAAUUUUGACUUUUCCACUUGGAAGCCUAUUUUCUUAUCCAAAUUAUAUGCCUCCAUUAUCUGAUAGUAGUGGAGCCAAUCUCUCACUUUAUUUUUAAUUUUUCAAAACUCUGCAAUCUCAAUUUAUCUCCUUCUUGCUCCAAAAUUUCCCAAUAUGUCGGCCAUUUGGCCUCCAUAUUGAGCCUUUUCAGAGCUUUUGCUUCCAUUGGUGAUAGCCACCUUGGGGUUUUAUUUUCCAAUAAGUCUUUGUAUCUUAUCCAAACAUUAAACAAUGCUUUCCUAACAAUAUGGUUUUUGAAUGCUUUGUGUGCUUUGACCUUAUCAUACCAUAAAUAUGCAUGCCAUCCAAAUACAUUGUUAAAACCUUCUAGAUCCAAAAUGUCUGUGUUUUCAAGAAGUAGCCAUUCUUUCAGCCAGCAAAAAGCUGCUGAUUCAUAAUAAAGUUUAAGGUCUGGCAGGGCAAAUCCACCUCUUUCCUUGGCAUCAGUUAAUAUCUUGAAUUUUAUUCUGGGCUUCUUGCCCUGCCAGACAAAUCUAGAAAUAUCUCUCUGCCACUUCUUGAAACAGUCCAUCUUAUCUACAAUUUGUAAUGUCUGAAACAAAAACAACAUUCUAGGCAAUACAUUCAUCUUUAUCACAGCAAUACGGCCCAGCAACGAGAGUUUCAAAUUUGACCAAAUUUCUAAAUCUUUUUCACUUCCGUCCAACAUUUUUCGUAAUUAUCUUUAAAUAAGUUCCCAUUUUUGGCUGUCAUAUUAAUCCCCAAGUAUUUCACUUUCUUUACCACAUUCAAUCCUGUCUCAUUCUGAAACCUCUCUCUUUCAAUCGGUGUUAAGUUUUUCUCUAAAACCUUAGUUUUUAACUUGUUCAAUUUAAAACCUGCCACCUGACCAAAUUCCUGAAUUAAUUCUAAAACUCUUUUAGUACUAGAUUCUGGCUCCUGUAACGUCAAUACUAGGUCAUCUGCAAAUGCUCUCAGUUUGUACUGUUUAGCUCCGACCUGUAUGCCCUUAACCAACCGGUCCUUUCUAAUCAUGUUUAGCAAAACCUCCAGGACCGAUAUAAAAAGCAGUGGGGAAAUUGGGCACCCCUGUCGUGUCCCUUUUUCUAUCUUGAAUUCUUCUGUGACCACAUUAUUUACAAUUAAUUUAGCCUUUUGUUCAGAGUAUAUUGCACCUAUACCAUUUUCAAAACCUUGGCCUACCCCCAUCCCAUGCAGAUUCUUCUUCAUAAAACUCCAAGAGAUAUUAUCAAAAGCUUUCUCCGCGUCAACAAAUAUCAAUACUGCUUUGGUGUUUAUAUUCACUUCUAAUUUUUCCAAAAUAUCAAUUAUAUUCCUCAAAUUAUCAGACAAGUGUCUUCCCGGGAGAAAGCCCGCUUGGUCUUUAUGAAUCUCUUUCAUCAAUACUUUUUUCAAUCUCUUGGCCAAAAUGUCUGCAAAAAUUUUGUAAUCCACAUUAAGUAACGAUAUAGGGCGAUAGUUCUUAAGCUGAGUCUUUUCAGUCUCUGUUUUCGGUAUAAGUGUGAUAUACGCCUCUUUCCACGAUUCUGGUGCCCUUUUCCCUCCAAUAUUUCAUUGCAGACUGCCUUCAAAGGUUGCAAUAACCACUCUUUCAAAGAUCUAUAGUAUCUGGAAGUCAGCCCAUCCGGUCCUGGAGAUUUGCCCAAUUGCAUAUUUUGUAUGGCACCUUCUACUUCCUGUUCAGAUAUUUUAUAGUUCAGCAUUAAUUUACUUUCUUGAGAGAUUUUUUGUAGGCCAUUUGUCUUCAAAAAUUGGUCUAUGUCCAUUUCCUUCUGUGGCCCUUGUGUGUAUAAUUGUUUAAAGUACCUCUGGAAGCAAUUUCUGAUCUCAUUUGGAUUAUGUAUACUCUUUUCCUUCCACUUCUAGAUUUAUAAUAGUAUUUAAUUUUUGUCUUUUUUUCAUUUGCCAGGCCAACAGUUUUCCACAUUUAUUAGCUGAUUCAAAUGUUUUUUGUCUCAUUUGUUUGAUUUUCCAUUCUAUUUCCUGAUUUAUCAUUUCCAUAUAUUGUACUUGAUAUAAUUUUAUUUCUCUCAAAAUCUCCUGAGACUUUGGUUUUGCUCUCAUGCAGGCUCUGCUUCUGUGGAUGCAAUGCCUUUGCUCACUCCUGCCCUGGUGGUUUCCCCGCCGGAGGCUGUGUGCUUCUGAAUGGCAGUUGCUGUGAACCGUGGGAGGGGAGAGCACGGCUGUGCUCAGGUGCCCCUCGUGGGCGCCCAGCUGGCCACCGUGAGAACAGGGCGCUUGCUCAGAGGAGCCCCAGGCUUCAUCCAGCUGCAGGAUCAGCAUAACUUUCUACAUCCUUAGCUUCCAUCUUUUACCUUUUUACAUUCUUAGCUUAAAUGUAACAGUCCUCCUCCUUCCUCAUUCUGUGUAAAAGCAUGUGGGGGAUUGCUGGAUUCCUAUUAAAAACAAACCAACACAACCUUGAGGAAUAUGUGCAGGGAAGAGUUGGAAAAUGGGGCAAAAUUGGCAGGGAGGGGAGAAAUGGAGUCAGCUGGAGAUACCUUGUUCCAGAGGGGCCUCUCUGGCUACCUGUAGGAGGAGCAACAGCUCUUAUACGUGGGUUGACAACAUGUCCAAGAACAGAUAAGUGAAGAUGGUUUAGUGUUUUCCCCUUCUCUUUCCCCUCAUCCCUAUCACUCGGUAGCACUCUUAAUUUCCAGCUCAGCAAGGCAGUGCAGCCGGCUGUUUUCCUCUGCUGGGAAAUACUGUUUAAGUUGCCCCAACUGGACCCUGGAUGGAUGGGGAGUCACAGGCAGACAAUAGCAACCUCCCAAGCCAGAACUGCCUUUAUUUAAAGAAAAAAGGGAGAAAGCGUUUUCCUCUCGGAUUUACAAAUAUAUUGUAUGGUGAAAAACACACACACACUUUCUUAUUAUUGUUGCCUACAUACCCCUUCGCAGUUGGGGCCGGCAGUGAAAGCGAAGAAGAAAUUGUUUUUCUCAGAAAAAAUAAGAAGAAAGUGAACGUUUUCACAUCUCAAAACGUGAGUCAGCUCAGUUAAAAUUAAAGGCCACCAAGCUCCAAACUCUCUGUGCGGUUUCUAAAUGUGUUUUGACGUCUUCCUUCCUUCUCCCAAGAUUGAUGAUGACUGUGACUUGGAAUCGCCAGUAUGUGCUGUCAAGAAACGGAGACAUCCGCUCGUCACAGUGAGUAAAUACCCCAGUCAGGGCAGGAAAAACACAUAAAACACAUUUUGCUCCGGUUGGCUUAAACAUUCCUCUUUACUGUUAGGAAAUGGUUAUUACCAUUUUUUCUAAAAUGGCUUUAACCUGCAAAAGGACAGGAGCUGAUUAGCUUUGAGAUAUCUAGCAGAAGUAAAGUAGGUUUUUUUUUUACAGUCAAUUCAUUUAUGUACUAUGUUUCCCACAAUGACACCUGUGCUCAAAGCAGUUCCUGCAAAAUGUGGUAAAGUUUAUUCUUCAGAUGGAGAGAUAUUUGGGCAGCAUUCUCAGUCGAACGUACUCAGAAAACCAGUAGGCUGCCUUACCCUGAGUCGUCCUCUUGGCCACCUGCCCAAAUGCUGCCCCUCCAGGGGUUCUCCACGAGAAACGGCUGAACAGGCCACCCCCUCCUCUCCUCCACUCUUCCUCCAGAAUUCUUUAACCACCCCUUAAAUGUAAUUUCACCAUCAACAUUAAUCAUAAGGAACAUGAACCAGGCUGCCUAUAGCAUCCCAGCUUUGAAGCCAAAAGCUGCACGUUUUGGUUAAGCCAGACCCAUAAAGUCCCUGCCAGGGUAGCACUGAGCAGCAGUUAAGGCCAGAGGAAUCUGGCUCUGAUGCCACUGUUGACCACUGUCUGUGCUCUGUUUCAGUCAGAUUUGUCUAGCGACGCAAGCCCAGGUUGCUCUGAGAAGAGCUGGAGCAAGAAGCCAGGUGUGAAGAGGCGGAAAAGGGGAGACGCUGCUGCCAGGAAGGUGCGCAUAUGACACUCAGCGAUGCUUCUUUGUUUCUGAUGGGUGUGAGGCGUGGGGUACUGUGCUUUUCGUUUACCCCUCUGGAACCUUAAACAGGAAGGAAAUACGGGGCAGCGCGCGCGAGGGGAACAUGCUUGGAAACAGAGUCUCCUCUGUUAGGCCAAAUUUCAGUUUUGGAGCAGGGCUAUGCAGCUCAGCUGAGCAGGACGACACACACUUGGCGUGUCAUUCAGCCCCUCCCACCCCCAGUUAAAGAAGAGGAUCUGGUUUCAGGUAAGGAGGAGAGGCCUCUCUCUGCCUGAGAAGUCAUUACAAAACUGGAAGCUGGCUUAUACGGGCUUUGAUCCAUCUAGCUCAACAUUGUCCACAGACUGGCAGCAGUGGCUCUCCAGGGUUUUAGGCUGGAAUCAUUCCCAGGCCUACUUGGAGAUGCUGUCAGGAAACUAAUACCAAACCAAGGAAUUCGGGGAGAGGUACUUUUGGCCUUGUGUUUUGUAGUUGAGGAUGGACAAACCGUUUCUGCACUUACAGGCUUUGGCCCCCGGUAAUGGGGAGCUUCUUCUUUCCAUGUCAGGCUGUGGCCUCAGAUCACUUGAUCUGCACGGCUGGUGGUGGUGGGGCUUCGUGGGCUGGCUGCCAACAUGGGAUCGUGUCCUUGCCCGUGGCCAGUUCCUAAAAGAAGCCCAGUUCUGAUCAGCCAUGGGGUGGGGGUUGGCCAGUCUCCGGCCACCUGGCAUGGCUGGAGUCUGCGAAGUGGGAUGCUGCUGCGCAGGAACUCUCUUGCUUUUGCUUCAUGUAGAACGCAGCCAAAUACUUCCUGGACCAAGAGGCGGAACUUUCUGAGGAAGGAGCCAUGGAGGUUUCAUCCGACGAGAGCAUCGGCUCGGAAAACGUGCAGAGUUCUUCCCUCAUCGAGUUUUUAAAUGAUGAGACACAGAUUAUGCAAGAUCUCAAUGGUAAGUGAAGGAAAACCCUGCCCUUUUCCUAUUAGCUGGCACUUCCUUGGCUCUAAUUGUCCUUUCCCACUGGCACCAGUCCCCCCAGUAGCUUUCCUACAAGGCCGUGAUUGCAGCCAGCAUGUCAGGUUUUGGAAAUCAGUUAGCAGCAGUAAAUCAGGACUGCAUUGCUUAACCCUUUGGCCCGUGCUGCAGUAUCAUCAACACAGUGGAAAGGUGAGGCACAAACUGCAGGAGCGCUUGAAUAGCCAGCACUUGGACCGAGGCCUGGAAACGGAUAGAGAAUGAAUGGCAUGUUGAGAUGGAUGCUUCGAGGCCACUGAACUGCUUCUGUGUGGCAGCAAGUGCCACAUGUUGGAACCUGUCCCCCAGCGCCAUUGUGGGAAGGGUUUCUCUGCUACUAACAGGCCCCUGAUUCGUGCGGAGUCUGUUUGUGUGGUGGGAAUUGUAACGGGAUCCGCAAAACAAGCUUCCCUGCACAACACAACUUUCCCCCACCCUAGAGAGACUCUUUCCGCCUGCGAAGCCUGCCCAAAUGGGUGCUGACUGCGGCUUCAGUUCCUCUUCUGCCUGCCUGACAGCUGCUCUUUUUUCUCUCUGCUCAGAAUCUGAGAUGCAUGCAGUCUACCUGAAAUCUGUACGAAGCCCAGCCGUUGGCAACAGGUAUAAGAUGCAGAAAGGAUGCAACUCGGUGGCUGUUUUCUCACAGGUAGGAAGGCAGACAAGGGAGGGUUGUGUCCAAAGCACAAACGGGGGCUGGUCUUGAUCCACAAAUGCUGCUUGUUGGUCUCUCACAGCCUUAUUGGAGCGAAUGGUCGCUUUUCUCGAGUGUUGUCUUAAAGGACAAGGCCGAAAGGAUUGUUUCAAGGUGGGCUGACUUCUUAGCAAGGCAGAACCUGCUGCCUCAAUACAGUCGGGGUUUGUUUAAUACCACCCUUCGAUAAAAAUCCCCAGUGCGGUUCACAUGAAUCAAACUAUAAAAACAAUGUAAAAUACAAAUAUCGCAAAUCAGAGCUAUUGUACGGCACAAGAAAGAAAAGGCAGCAUGAUGGGGGGGGGCGACAACCUAAGAGCAGGAUUCUGAUUCCACCUGAAUGAUCUGGGGAAAAGUCUGUGUCAGGCAGACUUCUCUGAGGAAUGUGGUCCCUAGUUGGGAUGCUGACCUUGAGAAGUCCCCCCUCCCUCAUAGCCACGAACCUUAUCAUAUAGGUAGCUUGAUAGGGAAUUUGGCCUUCCUUUCAGCACUGGGGAGUCAAGCAAGUUUGGCCUCAAAGGACAAUAAUGCCACCAUGAUUUGGGCUCGGAAAAAGACUGGUAGCCAGUGAAGGUCCUUUAACUGGGCCAAGUUGCUGUGAACAAAUCUUGCCACUCUUAAAAGUCAAUACCAGCUGCAGCUUCCAGGGCACCCCACAUGCCAAGAGGUCCCCCCUUGGGCAGCCUGCCUCUCUCUAGGUGAAGCCACAGUUCAUGCGUCAGCAUCAGCUGGGAGAGGGAACUCCCUUGGUGCCACUGAGAACGCUUGGGAGUCCAGGGACAAGACUGGAUCCUCCCCCCCAAGCCAAAAAACAGAUCCUUCAGGGGAGCGCAAGUGCAUCUAGAACACAUUGACCUUCUCCCUAAAGCCAGGCAGCCUCCAGGCACAGAACUACUGCUUUCUAACACUUCCUCAGCCUGUGACGUGAGUCCAGGCAGCAGCUCAGGGAGAGAUGUGACCAGUCCAGGAACUGGGGUGGGGGAGUGUUUUUGCAGUGUGCAAGGGCCUGGGAAAACCUGGCUCAGGUGUUAAAAUGAAAGAGCUUGGUUCCUCAGCAUAUCCAUGCCACUUUGUCCCAGGUUCUUACUGUAUUUUUCAAUGGAAAGGGCGGGGUAGACGUGCCAAAAUAAACUGGCUCAUGCAAAUUAAGACAUUUGCCUUCUGGAUGUCUGCCAUAUUCCAUACAUACCUGUAAACCUGAGAACAAAGUGACACAUCAACGUUAUUGUGUCAUUAGAAACUGUGCCAGCCUCAUGCGCUGAAAACUCCUCCAGACUUGACUGGAAAGGGCACCUGCAUUUCAUCUGCUGGAGCUGGCCAGGCCUGCAGCUACAGCCCACGUGAGGCUCAAGACGUUCUGUGGCUCUGCCUCGGGGAUACGCAAAUCAUGGCAUGGGUUCUCCUCAGCGGUUUCAUUUCCUUCCAGGUUCCAGAGCAGGACGAAAGCUAUUUGGCAGACAGUUUCUGUGUGGAGGAGGUGGAGGACCCCCAAAGCUGCUCCAGUGAAGAUGAGGAAGUUUGUGUUGACUUCAACCUGCUGCAGGAGAGCUUUGGGCAGGGGAGAAAGCAGUAUUGCACCCGACGCAGGAGGAAGUUGAAAGAGGCUGCUCCCCCGCCGCUCAAGAAACGCUCCCGGAUCCAGAUUCCCAGCAGCUCUAGCGAAGAUGAAGGAGGGGUCAGAAGGGAACCGCCUCCCGCCGCAAAAGCGGACCAGGGCUCGCAUGCGUCCUCAUCGCUGGCUUUAGGCCACCGUCUGGACUGCAGAACAUCUGCUCCAAAGGCUGAGAUCCGUCCGCCCCAAGAGAGCAGGACCCAAGGGCUCGUGGGACUGAAAUCCUCCUUGUCGGAAGACCUGGACUUCCAGGCAACGUCAAAGGUAUGGGCUGUGUUUAAGCUGUUCCUUCCUUUGCUGGUUUAUCUGUGGCCAGGGUUAGAAUAACAGACCAAAGCCCUGAAAGCGAUCUGGUCAAAGCUCUCGCCAGGAGGCAAGAUAUCCCACAGCGCCAGGGAUGCUUCUUCAGGCUUUCCUUGAGAACCUUCAGCAAAAGGGGCCACCCGCCCCCUUGGUUGCCUCCUCCACUGUGAAAAUGUAGUAAUAGUAAAAUAAUAAUAAUAAUAAAUUUUAUUUAUACCCCUCCCUCCCCAGCCAAGACCGGGCUCAGGGCAGCUAACACCAAGUAUAAAAACAAUGGAUUAAAAUACAACUUAACAACAAGAUUAAAAUACAACAUUAAAAUGCAGCCUCAUUUCAGUACUGGGAACAGGCAAUUGUUCUGCGCACUUUUGGCCGGCAGUACCCCGGUUCCCCUUGGUCAUGCUUAGAGGCCUUUUAUAGCCUUUCUACCUAACGGCCUUCAGACCAGAGAUGUUGGGGGUUGCACAAAUCACCUUCUGCAUGUAAAUUGAAUAAAUGGGCAUGAGCUAUUUUUGCAAUGGCAUUUAUGUUUUAUCGAGCGCCUAGAGGACUACAGAGGGCUUGAAGUCAAUGAAAGAUUGGUGGGGAGGGCACCACCUCCUCGUCCCCAGAAGGUGUCCCGUUGGAAUAAUUUGCAGGUGACUUCCUCCAUGCGUGUGCAAUUGUUCUACUAUGUGGCUAGAAGCAUGUCUAAACAAAAGUGGGAUUUAGGUUCUGUACCACUUGCCUACCUAGCUGUUCGAAAGCAUGUCAAAAAGUGCAAGUAGAUAAAUAGGUAUCACUCCAGCGGGAAGGUAAACGGCAUUUCCGUGCACUGCCCUGGUUUGCCAGAAGCGGUUUAGUCCUGCUGGCCACAUGACCCAGAAGCUGUCUGCAGACAAACGCCAGCUCCCUCGGCCUAUAGAGCGAGAUGAGCGCUGCAACCUGAGUUGUCCACGACUGGACCUAAUGGUCAGGGGUACCUUUACCUUUAUCACUUGUCAAAUACUGCCAUUUUCUAUGCGAUAUUUGGACUGCCAGGCAAACUACCAACCCUUACUUAUCUUUCCCUGUAGUUUUUCCUGGUGGUCUAUUUUAGGGCCCUAAACAGGUCACUGAUGCGCUGAUAGUGCCUUAGUGGUCUCUUUAUACUGAGCCAUCCACACAUCCUUUCACUUUAGGAGCUUUUCUGUGAUGCUUCCUCAGUGCCACCUGCAGGGACAUUCAUGCACUGCAGUGCAACAAAAGCCACACACACACACACACACACACAACCUGGAACUUUUGAGGUACAGAAUUUCUGCAGGGGUGCCCUGGUUGCAAAUGAAGCAGCAUGACUGCCCCCCAAAACCUCCACAGGCGCAAGCAGUGUUGAAAGCGGGAUUGUGUGUAACUGCCCCAAUAGCUUCCUGAGAACAAAUCAUCAUUAAUGCUCAAUGAAAAGGAUGUCUGGCGGGGGCCCUCAGAUGGUAGAAUCAUAGAAGUGUAGAGUCCAAGGGUCAUCCAGUCCAACCCCUGAUGCAGGAGUCACAGCUGAAGAAUCCCUGACAAAUGGUCAACAUCCAACCUCUGCCUAAAUGAAUGCUCCAUUCUCCACCUCCCUGUUUUUAGCUGCUAUGGGGAAAAGGCUGGGUAUAAAUAAAUACAUAAUCAUAGUAGUAGUAGUAAACCUACACCUUCCAAAAAGAGUCUGGAAGCUCUUUGGAGGCAGGGACUGUGGUCUUGUGUCACCUGGGAAGCCCUGCAAGGCUCUGGGGUGCAUUGGUAACGCACUAUGAAAGGUGAUGAUAAUGAAAGCUCAGCCUUGGCUUUCUCCUGCUCUGGCUGCUUUGAGGAUGAUGAGUGACGAUUUCUCUUGCGAUGUUUUCAGCCAGAAAGCUCUUUGGGGCCCCUUGCGGCGCUCUGCUCCCGGAAGAACCCGCCGCUGCCUCUCUGCGUUCUGGUUGACAGCCGCGAGAUCUCCUCUGGGCCGGACGUCAUUUCCACCCUGAAAGCUGUUCACGGAGUCAAGGUCCACGUUUGCUCACUGGGCAGCUGCGAUUACGUUGUCAGCAGCCGGCUGGCCGUGGAGAGGAGAUGCCAGGCGGAGCUGCUGAACCCGGCACACAGGAGCAGAGUGGUCCAGCGAGUGCAGCAGCUGAAGAGCAAGUUUGACAGGAUCUGUGUGAUCGUGGAGGAGAGAGUCAAAGCAGGUGGGUCUCCUGGCUUUGGUGGGCUUUCUCCUUGGGCAUUAAGCACUUCAGCUUCCAGCUCUGCUGGUUGUGCUAUUUAGCGUCAAACAGAAAAUGCAGCAGCUACAGCACUGCAAAUAUGGGUGAACAGAGAUGGCCAUUUAGAAGGUAGAAACGUAACAUGGUGUACGUGGGACCUUUUGGGGAAGCUGGUGUUGUCCCACCAAGUAGAAUCUAUCCCAGCUGCUUCUGAUCAUGCACUGAAAGAUGAUAAGGUUCUUCACUCCACUUUGAAGAAUGAAGAGGCAACUAGGAACUGCACCUUUUUCGGUAGUGUAGGAAUGAUCAGGAACUUGUAUCUGCCUCCUCGGUUUCCACUCAACUCUCUUUACGGGCGAAAGAGAAGAGAAAUAUGGGUCCUGAUUUUAAGGGUCUUCCUCUGUCCCCCUGGGCUGUGAAAUGCUGUAACAGCUGACAACUUGCAGCAGUUGAGAACACAACUGGCCCUUCUGCUGGAGAUGGGAUGGAGAGCCUGUGCUCACCCCCCAGGCUUUGCUGGACUUCCCACAGCCCCAGGUCGACAUCCGGGGUGAAGUUGAGGGAGCCCAAGAACACCCAGAGCGCCACAACAUCCCCACAUCUCUGUGCUUAGCACAUUGAAGCUGAUCUCUUGCCACUUGAGGCAUCAGGGAAUAAAAAGCCACUGAUAGCGAGAAAUCUGGAAGCCUCUCCCAGGUUGGCAGCACAGGAGAAAUGCUGACACCAAACUCUUGUUCUGUAAACUUCCAGGAGAAGCACGGAGAGUGUUCCACAGAAGCCGGCACUACGACAGCCUCCUGUUGGCCUUCGUCCAGGCAGGAAUCCGGGUGCUCUUCAGCUCCUGCCAAGAGGAGACGGCUGACUUGCUGAAGGAGCUGGCUUCGCUGGAGCAGCGGAAGAACGCGGCCAUCCAAGUGCCCACGGAGGUGCAGGGGCACAGGCAAGAUGCCCUCCGCUUCUACCUGAGCAUUCCCUGCGUCAGCUACCCAGAGGCCCUGGCCUUGUGCCACUGCUUUGGCUCGGUGAAGGAGGCAGCCAACAGGUAGGGCUUGGGCAGGGCCUCGUCCUGUUUCCCAAACCUGAAAACCUGCACAAGAGUGGGCUGCAUGCUCCCUCCUCAACUUGUGAUGGCCGAUAUCUGUUCAGGGACUCUGACCUCAGAUAGUAGCCCCUGCCACAUUCUUUGGUAGUAAAUUCCUCAAUGCGACUUGGUGUUGUGUGAAACCAAAGCCAUCCACUGCUCUGUCCUGUUCAGGCUGCUCUUCCUUCUCCCUUCACUUGGAUCUUCCUCUUCCCAUUCCCCCUUCAGGCACAUUGGAAGAAGCAUCCUGCGGCCCAAACGCCCGCAGUGUUUCUCCUGCUAGCCGCAGCAACUGCCUGUUGGCUUGCGAUGGAGCUCAGCCUUCCUUUCUUCUUGCUCUUUUCCAGUUCCCCGGGCGAGAUGGCAGCCCGCACCCGGGUGAGCCAGCAGAAGGCAGAGAAGGUCUACCAUUACAUGCACUACGCCUUUGACGCUCAUAUGCUGCCUGAGAAGAUCACGUGACCAACUGCAAAUCACAAAGGGCACCCCUUUUUAAAAGACGCACUUUAUUGUUACAUCUCCUCGUUGUAAGAUAUGUAAAUAAACUUCCGAACUCAGUGAGUUUCAGGCCACCAUUUUCCUCUGGAGAAACCAGGCAACUGCAAAUGCAGCCUUACCACAGGGGGUUAUUCUGAAAUGGGUAGAGUGUAUGCAUCUGUUGAAAAAAAAACACCCUUCUCCAUCUCAAGAACAGGGU